GCAUUUGUUUGGCAGUCUGUCUAGCUGCAGUGGUCGACAGACAGACAGGCAGUCGGAGGGGCCGUACGCGGAUUUUUUAGACGGUGGAAGUAUCUGAGCAGCCAGAGCCCAGGGGCGGCCGGUGGGAGGAGGCAGAGAGUCCGCAGCUGCUGCGCCGAACAGCCUCUUUGAUACCCGCAAGAGGAAGGAGCCGCCCGCAUCAAACCCAUGUCAACGGUAAGAGGAUUUUUAAACAUAUUUUUCACUCAAAAUCGACAGGGAGUCUUUUUAUCUCCGAGUGUAAAUGGAUUUUGGGAAACGGAGGUCUGUCAUGGCACGGCACUGCUGGAGCAUCUUUCAUUGGUUUUGUCGGCUGUGUGGUUGGUGGAGCCACGGGACUGAGCAUCAACACGUCCGGGCUGAAAACGCCUCCGUACAGAGUUACUUGGUAAAAAAUCACAGCGUUUUAGCGUUUGUAUCGUUAGUUUAUUUCAGAGUGUGCGCACAGUGGAAACAGGAAGGGGGUACGCUGUUAGAACCAAGUUGUAGCCGCAUCCGACAGCAGGGCGGCGGGCAGCUGGACCGUUCGAGCCGCAGUCAGCGUGGAGAAGCAAAGAGAAGCAAACGGCCGUUAGACGGAAGGAGACCGGAAAUACAGAUAGUGGCCUUCAAACGAAAAUCUCUAGAAAUCUUGUAGAUUAAAUUAAUGGAAAAUAAAACACCCCCAAAACCACUGGAUAGUUAAGUUUACAUGGAAGCCGUUGGUAGAAAUGUAUCUAUUUGUUUAAUUUUUUAUACAAAAAUUUCCCAUUAUACCAAACAAUUACUGGUUGAAAUAAGAUAACACAUACAGUACCUAGACAAGGAGUUAAUUUUAGCAGUUUUCCCAGAACUUGAAUACUGUUUUUAGUUGACUUUGGGUUGAAACUCUUCCGCUCACUGCAACAGGUUGAUUUUCUCAUUUGCAAAGCCCAGUUCAUUGUGAUUGCUUUAUAGUUUGUAUUGUGGUGUUAAAUUCUAUGUUUUUAUAGACUUGGUACUGUUUGACAAUGAAGAAAAGAGGGUAAACGUGUAGAUGCUUGUCAUCUUUGGGCUCCAGUAGAUUUGAGUUUUGUGUCAGGGUGGUCUUUCAGUGUAAACAUCUGUACAACAUAAAUAUUUCACCUAACAGAAUCAGUACCUUUUUAUAAUAUGCCUUAUGGCUAUAAAAUGCAAUGAAAAGUUGAUAAUAUUAGUGGAUUUUAGUUGAUCGGCUCUAUAAAUAUUUUUUUGUUUUGUUCUGAAAUGAAGUGUAGAAAACAUUUUUUAAACAACCUUUUAAAUUAAUGUACCUUUUAGGUUUUUUGACUAGCAUGUAGCUGUUUGCAGCAGCUACAACAAUGACUGUCUUGAGUUCUUCCCUUUACUUUUCCAAAGUUUAACUUUGAAAAUUUUCCCCGGAAGUAGUUUUUGAAUCUUUUGAGAUUGACGCCAAAUAUCAAGAAUGUUGGCACGGAUUCGCGUGAAGGUUCCUGAUGGUUCUCUGAAUGAUAAUCGUCUCUUGGAUGAAUUAUAGUUAAUCUGUAAACAAAGGAGCUUUUACUUUAGAGAGGGAAGCCUAAAAGAACGCCAUUUUCGCUGUAUGUGUGUGCGUGUGUGUGGCUGUUCGUGUGUGUGUGUGUGUGAGAGUGAGUGUGUGUGUUUGCGGUUUGCCAUGUGGAGGCGAACAGUUUGAAUCACCUCCUUGCUGGUCUUACUCAGAGGUCUCUGACUGAGCAGACAGAAAACAGGACUGGCCCUCUUUAUCCUGCAUGCAUUUCGAUGCAAAAGUCUCUGGCUUCAUUUAGAUCCAGUUUAUGGAUCAGACUCUGAAUGUAAUGAAAUUUUCAAACAGAAGUGAAAGAUUAUUGUGGUUUCUUAGUGGCCUUUAAGUCAAAUAGUUGAGCACGAACAAACAAGAAACAGGGAACUCCCAUGACAGGCCUGACAUCCCAAACCACUGGACCAGCCGGCUCUGUGGUCACCUACCUCCUUCCCCACCCAUUCUCUGUGCAUAUCUCAGUGACAGCCAACGCUUUAUUGUAAUGCACUUUUUAUGUCUUUAGUUACCAAAGGAUGAGAUCAUUCAGUUCAAGGAUCCUUUCUUUCAGUUUUUCAGUUUAUAUUUUACUUUAAAAUCAAUCUGGCAUAAUUACCCAUUGAGCAUUUUCUGGUCCAAAAGAGGUCUUACAGAGGUCUGAAUGUAGCCUAGAAGACUGGUGUAAAAUCAGACAACCACAGGUCUAAAACUGAAAGUUUUUUAGACGUCUAAAUUUAGACCAAGUUUAGACCAAGUCUAAAUCUGGGCUAUAUCUAUACUACACUGUAUAUUGCUCAACAGCUAUCAUAAUUAUUUUGGUUAAGUACUUGGAGAUCAGCUAUGCAACUCACAGUUGCUUUUUGAAAUAAAUAGUUAUCAAAUAAUUGGUUAAAGUGCAACGUCUAAAUUCCAUCUAAAAAUAUACAGAAUCGUAAUAGCAGCCUGUUACUCAGUGGGUAAAACCGAGAACGGCAGUGUGAUAUGCUAACAACAGCAUCCUGUGUUUUUAGAAAGCAUUUUAUUUGCAAAAGGAAUCACCUUUACCAAGCUUUAUAGAGACAGAUAAAAAGAGUUUUUAACUGUUCAUCAAACAGACUAAAAUUUAUACCGAUGGCCCUACAUACACUUCAAAAGCAGAGAGACUACCAGCAACAAAGCUGAUUGUUUCUUUACAGUUAUUAUUAAACAGCUGUGGCAGGGUAGGUGUCCGACGACAUGAUAAACUUGCUGAAAAAAAACAUUAUUAAUAAAAUUUAUCACGGCAAAGAUUCUUGAUUGGCACAAAACUUAACAACUCUUAAGUAGUUCAGGACGAAGUUAGUGAAGAGAUGAGAGGGACUGUCCACAAGGGGCACCAAAUAACCAAAUGUCCUAACAGGAGCUUUAAAGGUUAAUAAAUCUGUAGCUUUUUUGUUCUUCAAGGUGGAUCAAAUUAUGAACGUAAAUGACGACAAAUGCUAGUUUUGAUUUCUCACUGAACGAAUUGACUCAUUCAAAUGACUAGUUUAAAUAGUAAAUGUUUGCUGAAAGGAUUUAAAGCUCCUGUGAAAAGCUUUCUGUUGGUGUCAGUUUUGACUCUAAAUCUCAUCCUGCUUUCUUUUAACAGUCACAUGUUUAUCACUUGUUGAUCGACUUUACAGCAAAAUAAGCCGUGUGGAGUUAACCACUUGGUCUGACACCUACCCCCACCUGUGGUCUCAGCAGUAUAGAAUUACAUACUGUUUAAGUUUAUGUUUAUGUUUGGUUUUGGGGGUCAUAAAAAGCAUCAAUAUCAUAUCAAGUCCUCACAGGAGCUGAGCAUGUCUUAAUUAUCUGCUUCAUUGGCACUUAAACAUGUGAAUUCCUCACAAUAGCCCGACAUGGUCUGUACAUACAUUAGUUAACUGUAAUCUCAAGUUAGGAGGAUUUGUUAUGCAUUACUUUACCCUUGCACUGUGUAGGAGUAGGACUGAAACGAUUCAAAUGCAGCUCCAGUCUUUCUUUAAAUAAAGCUCCUGGUAUGUUUUUCCUGUCUGUGCAUCAUGUGGAGCAGUGAGCAGAUUCCCCCUCAAAAAGUGUUGUGGUGUGUGAUCACAAAUUUAGCUCACUGCCAUCUGAGCUAUAAGAGGCAGAGUGAGCUGAUUUCUAAAUCGGGAUCACAGAUAGAGCUCUAAUUAUCAUCAUGACAUGACCUAUAUUUGGUUCUCAGAUAGGCGUUAGGUGCAUGUGUGUUUGGUCCUGUAUGCGGUGUUCAUUUAUGAAAUUAUAGCGUCAAGGAUGCUGCCAGAGAGCGUUUGAUUCCUUCUCCAACAUGGCUGUUUUUACAGUUUCUAAGAUUGCAUGUGGGUGUAUUCUUCCUGUAAACAUUUUUUUAGAGGUUAGGAGUUGAAUUUGUUGGAUUUCAUUGCAAAAAUGUGAGGCAAGGUGAUUUGAAAAGGAACUAUUUUUGGCUUCUUGGCUCAUGACCUGCUUUGUUUACACAUGCAGCCUCUCCUACCUCAAGCGAAUCAUCCUUCAUCUCUUUCCUCUCUUUCUCUGCCAUCCAGUUUUUCUUUGACCAACCUCAGAUUAACAAAUCUGCCUCCUGUCUCUCCCCGUCUCCUGUUGCAGGUCUCCAUAAAUCUUUAAAUGCUGAGUCUGAGUGUGUCUCAGCUCUUUUUAAAUCAACCCUUCUUGUAGUGUUUUUCAUUGAGUGAAUACAGAGGCAUGAUGGGAGAGCAGCGUGGGGGCUGUUUCUUCUGCGUCCGCAGUUAGAGGCAGUUUCGAGAAGGCUAGGAGGUUGGGGGUUGAAGGGAUUGCUUAGUGCUGUUUCAACAGGAUAAACAGCCCCUGCAAGGAUGUAAAUCUCUUUUCUUUUGGCGGGACUGUCAGUCAUUGCAAGUAUGUGGAGGAGGAAAGAAAGCUAAACAGAGCAACGCCACCUUUAAUCUGCCCUUAGCUGUAGAUUUUAUCAUUCAAACCUGCUCGGCUAUGAUAGGAAAAUGCAACAGAUCAGCUUUGAAAUGACGCUCGUUGCGGUGCUGUAUUUCCUCCUCGGGGAAAAUUCCUCAUAUGUGCAGUCAUAAAUCACAAAGGGAAUGCUGCUGGUUUACAGUCUGCUUUAAAAGAAUGAAGCUCCUGUGUCGGCAUUACAUUCACCAUAAGCGUGUCCUCGGAGGUCCUCUGAGAGGAAAUGCAAUCAGUCUGAAAGCCUGUGUGACAUUUACGAUCAUAGAGCCGUGAUUUUAUGAAGAAAAAUUGUAAAAUAGAGUGCAGAAAUGAUAACGUCACCAUGUUAACAUACUUCAAAUCUCAUUUGAAAUACUUGAUUUUACAGUGACUGUGUUACCCUCUUCUCAUAGCAAUUAAGAAUGCUAUUUUUGAUUAGUGGGUGGCAAUCUGUUUAACAGUUGUCCAGAAAGCUCAUUAAAAUCAACUUUUUACCUGAAAUUAGCUGAAAGUACUCUACAAUCGUUGGGGUUCAUCCUCUUGGAACCCAUCAUAAAUGCACAGAAAGUUUUUCCAAGUCAUCCAGUUGAAGUUGACUCAACAGAUGAUGGUUUCUCAUCGUCUGGUGGCUCUUAAAGUGGACAGAGAAUCAUCUAAGUGAUCAGGGAUCAUCCUCUGGGAACCACGAGUCUACCCAAAUCAAAUCUGUGUUCAGUCUAAAAGAAAAGUACACCUCUGUUGAUGUUGUGUUUUUCUUUCUUUGGGUAUCAUUACAUCUUCAUGCCAAUCUAAACACCAAAAACCAACUUCACCAAGCAAGCAAGCAACCAACCAUGCUGAUUGCAUGGUCUUUAACCAGGAAGAGUUUUUCUAUUGUCAACUUGCAGUCAUGCCAGUCAGACCAGUAUCAGCUGGCACAGCGUUUAAUAGUUCUUAGUAGUGAGGUAUAACUGUUGCAGUGAUUGUCCCCUGACAAUAAUCAUGCCCAACAAAACAACAAAGCAAGUCAAAGUGAGGAAAGGCAAGACAAGAGUGGACCAACAUAUUAUGUAUACAACUUGAUGAAUUAUUGCUUUAUUUCCGGCUUUAUAAAGCAGGGCUUUUAUUUUGAAAUAAAUGCCACAUCGGCUUGUUUGUAAGUUAAAAAACUGACGGUCCUGGCUGCAAUACAAGAGGAAAACUUUAUGAAGUUUUUACCAAACAAAGAUGAACAAUAGGCGGAUGUUAAACAUGAAAGUUACUGUGUAAUUCUAAAGAAGGUAAAAGUAGCACAUGGUGGAGUCAUUGUCCCCCCUGUACCUGAACAUGGCUGGUCCUCUUGGGAGGAUCUGGUCUGAAUCAGCACUCAGCUGAAGAUGUUGAGGAUAAAUGAGCAGGAGAAAGAGGCCAAGGCCACAAUAGGGAGAGAGGCUGUAGAUCACCUCAAGGAUGAGGUUCUUUUUUCAUGCUGCUCAUGGCAGAAAUGGUCUUUCCAGUAGAAUAAAUCCAUGUUUAGUGGGGUAGUUUUUUUCUGUUUUAUUAUUCAAUAUCAGUAAAAGCCAAUAUAUUCUGCAACUUAAGUUGUUAUUUAUGUAUUUGAAAAGAGAAAUAGCUUGGAACGAAUUGAUUUUUUUUUUCUAAUUUAUAUUAUCAGAGCCAAUUUUAUUCCAACUCCCUGCUUUCAUCUUCUAAAGUUUGAUCUUUCUUUGGCUUAUUUUGACAGAACUGUACAUCUACUGCCAGGUCUAAGUUUAAACCAUUGUCAAGGACCAUCUUGACUCCGUAAUUUUUAACUAAUACUGAAUUCUUUUCUCUGGUGUUAAAGAAACAUUUUUAAUCUGGAAGCAAAGCAACAUUUUGUGUCUUCAUGACAAUCUAAAACACAGAGCCUGAAAGAUUUCACUUUGCUUCAUUUUUCAGGGUCAUUUAAUUUUGUGUAAAUUAAACUAAACAGUUGAAGGCUUGAGCUGAUGUUUUGAUGUUUUGAAUGAUCAUCAGUCACUUUGCUUAAUCCCUCUUAUUCUCUGCUUCCUCUGGGCCUCCUGACAGCUAAUGACCAGGUGUGUGUGUGUGUAGUGGCGGUGGUGGUGGUGGGGGUGUAUUAUGCUGGGCUGUUUGACAUUGAACCCCCUCUCAUGGACAUGGGUGCUUCCGUAACAGCAUGCCAUUGAAGGGUAAUGGAGAGGAUUUACAGGAGCUUUACAGCGGCAGGGAGUCACAUGGUGUUUGAUUGAUGGCGCCAACGAUGACCACAUAAAGCUGGCUUACUGAACACAAGACCACUCGUGUGUAUGAUAGAGUGUACACUACAGAAUGGUUGUGGAAUGGUUGUAUGAUUGUUUUUCCAACAACCAUGCUGAUGCCAUGAAUAGAGAGCAGAUCGGUCAACAUGUUAUUCCAAUGACUUGUUUUCGUUCUUCUUCAUUUUCUCCUCCAAAGUAGCUCAUCAGCUGUCUCACUUGUUGGGCUGCCUGCAGACAUUAUUCUAUUUUUUUUAAUCGGCCUUGUGAGUGCUGGCACUCCAGGCCAGUGAUCAUUAUUUUGAAAUGCCAUCAAUCAUCCUGAUUAAUUGGCCAACAGAUUAAUCAGUCAACCUGAUCUUUUUCUAAUUAUGAUUUGAAAAGAUACAUUUCUUUUAGUGAAGAGUGUAAAAAUAAACAGUAGAGUAUAAUUGAUUAAAGUCAAACUUAAAGGUCCUUUGAGGGUUAGGUUAGGUUAGGGUUGAUUUUGGCGCCCCCUGUGGACAAAGUGGGACCUUUAAUCUCUCUGACAAAUGUGCCUUUACUCUUUAGUGUGGAAAACAGAAAUAAUCUCUUUCUUAAGCGUACUGCUUAUCAACUCCUACCCCCCAGCAGCACUUUAGGCAGUGAAAAUAAUAACAUAGAAAUAAUCAAUCUUAAAGCUGAUGAUCUUGUUUGGUUUUCGAGCUCAUAGAGACACAUGGGUAUGAAUUUUCUAUCUGUUUUAUGACCUAAUACAAUCUCAUCACAGGAGCUUUAAACAGCUCUUAGCCCAGAACUGUCAGCACUGGGUCAGAUAAGGUAACACUCCUCUGAAUUUAUUCGGUAUUAAAAGCUUUAUAUUGCCAGUAACUGAUUAUGCCAUUUCAGAUAAAUGUUUCACAAUAUCACAAGUUGUUGUUGCAACAUCACUUUCUCAGUUACUGUUAUGUUCAGUCAAGGGCGUGGUUGCCUCUUCAGAAACAAGGCGCUGCAGGUGGUGCAAAGAUACGCGCCUGAACUUAUGCAACUCAACCCACAAGUAAACUUACUGUAGUUCCAGGGCUGUAAUUUGUGCCUUUACAAGUCCGAACAACCGCUAAUUUAUGUGGGUUUACUGUGUAUGAGGAGUCAUCCACCUGUUGUGUAAUUGAGGACCCGAGAGUGAAUGGUAAGGCCCUGAACAGUUUAACUUCUAUAAUGGAAAAGAAGAAGUGAGACAUGAAAACCCUGCCUAUUUACACAAAGGUGGGAGCGGUGUAAAUUAUACACUCUGAGGCGUUGUUUUACAGAGGGUUUGACGUCCUGUCACUGAGUUGUUUAUAUAUGAGGAAGGGGGUUUGUUCACACACUCUGCAAACAGAGUAAAUCAGACAAAGUUCGGACAUGAGUAAGACCAUGAAGAGGAUACUUUAAGUUCUUAGAAGUGGCAGCAAGAUCACGCCUAUUGAUACAAAGUCUGAGUUUGAACCUACAGCCAUUUGAACAGCACAGCUUUUAGAUUCACUUUACAAUCAUCAUCAAGAGCAAGCUUUCAGUCAAGCUUUUUGACAUCCGUUCACCAGAGCUAAUUGUCCUAAUGGAAAACACCUUUUAGAAGAAGUUGUGUUGUUUACUUAAUAUCGAUUGGUUGUCAAUUUGUAUUGACCGUUUGGCCUCCAACAUUUCCACCUAACUGACGCAAAUGAGCUAUUAGCCAGCCGAGGUCUCCUAGUGGCUGCUAUUGAAUAUCAUCAAUGUCGUCUUCUAACUGCUGUUAAAAGGUUUGAAUUGAAAGUUAAACAAUUGAAACAAAGGAAAGUUUCAUGUUUGUCAGACCCAAAGAAAAAGUCAAGAGUAAAGAGAAAGACUUAUUUUAAAGAAUUUCUUUGUUAGGAUCCUUUUUAGUUUAGUGCAGUGGUUCUCAAGUCCAGUCCUCGAGGCCCACUGUCCUGCAUGUUUUGGAUAUUUCUCUGCUCCAACACACCUGAUUCAAAUGAUUAGCUCGUUAUUAAGCCAUUACAGAGCUUGAUAACGAGCUGAUCAUUUGAAUCAGGUGUGUUGGAUCGGGAAACAUCCAAAACAUGCAGGACAGUGGGGCUCGAGGACUGGACUUGAGAACCACUGGUUUAGUGAAUCAUACACUCCAGUAAUACGACACAACACAGUAAAAUACUUUACGAUUUCAUAAGAUACAACAUGAUACUUCAACUACUUACUGAUUUUAAUUUAUUCAUUUGUCUGAAGUCGUUCGUCAUUAAUCAUUAAUGAUUGACCAUAACUGAGUAUGUUCAGACUCCAAAAUGCCUCUGAAAGGUAGAGAGUAGCAUUAAUGUAGUUUACAACACCAUGAGUAAAAUGUGAGUUAAACGAGACAUGAAAUUUGUUUAAAGAGAUGUUUUAUUUCUGGCACCAGCAAUACAACAGUCACAUCAAUAACUACAUAAUGCCAUUUUGUUAUUUUGUCCCACCCUCACUAGGCGAAAACACCGUCAUAUUCCUCUAAUGCUAUUAGAUAAGUAGUUUUGUCUAAACAACAGUCUUAAUCUUGAUUAUACUAAAUGAACUCCAAACAAUUAGAGCAGGUAUUCCUGUUCAAAAGUUUCUCCUCGAAACAGCACAAAAACUGGUCACCUAAUGCAUUUCAAGAAAAGUUAGGUCAACCAUUGAGUCUUUUUUUUUCUCUGUUGGAUUUUUUACCUUUAUUUGCUUGUAUUAAGAGAUAUGGCAUCAUAACUGGGGAAGGGGUGUGUGGGGAAUAAAGCGCUGCAAAAGGCAAGAAUUGAUUUCUGGCUGUCUCAAGGCUCUACCUGCAACUUAACAGCAGAGAUAAACUGUCACAGAGAACACAGACUCAGAAUUGGGUUUAUUACCUUCAUUAUGAUGUAGACGCCGGUCAAGUCUGGCAGCAUUCUGGCUGGCUCAUUCCCCCAGUUUCUGACACAGUCACUGCGGGUCUUUUGGCACCUUGUAAACACAAUCAAAAGAAGCAUUGAUAUUAACACCUGUUCUCUUGUUUUCCACAGUUAGAGAGUUUGUAAGCUGCUGUUUGUGUUAUUCUAUAGGGUACAACUGUGUGACUGACAGGACGGCCUGAGGCUGUCCUACCAACUAUAUGCUUUAAGGGCCAACAAGUGUCCCUCUUUCUGUCAAACUGGUUCCUUUCAGUUACUGUAUGUACGCUGUUGACUGGAGGGUUUCAGCUUUUGAGGUACAGAAAAGGAGCAGCCUCCGGAGCUAAUUUGAAGUGAUGGGUAACUUGGACCCCAUAAGGGACGCCCGCAGUUGGGGGUCUAACCUCUCUGUCUGUGUCUGGAACAUUUUGGAUGCAUGCCCGGCCUUCUGUGCAUGGACAACGUGGCAAACGGCCAAGGCUGUGCAUAGAUUCGUGCAUAGUCUUCUCUUUCCCUCCACAUUAAUAUCCAUCAGGGUAUUUCCUGUCACUGGCCUGCAGAUCAGUCGAAGUGAAGCGAGAGAGCGGGCGCUCUUUGUGAUUGCAUCCUCUGCAUGUGCAACACAAUACAUCACAGUAUUGUUCUAGUAGAGUAAAGAUGAAGACAGCGAGUCCCAGGGUGGCUCUAAAGCAAACGGUGAGACAGUUUGUCAAAGUAAGAAUGUGGGCGGGUCAAAGACGGUAAAUAUCCAGGUUUAUUGGGUAUUUAAAAAAGCACUUUACCAAGAGCUUAUUGAUUACACUCCAUGUCUUGUUAUUCUUCCAAUAAAUUUACUGUGCUAAUCAAAGCCAUUACAUUACAUCUGAGGAGGUUUUGUGCUGAAACAGCUUUGGAUUCAAUUUGGUUAGAGGACAGCAGAAAUUUUACUUAUCAAUCACCCAAAUAUGCUGGACACACAAUAAUUCCUCAUUAUGUUGUGUUCAGUUUGUCUUGUGUUGUAAAUAGAGCUCCAAAUCAUGUCAAGGGCUAAUUUGGCAAUCCAAGGAAGGAGAGACUGUGGCGAUAACAACCUUUAAUGAGCUAACAAUGGCCAGGCUAAACAACGAGCUAUCCUAUUAACUUGUGCGUUACAUUUGUGACACACAUCAGUGUUUGGGUCAGAGUUUCGUAAAUUAACUAGGGGUGGGAGAAAAAAAUCGAUACAGCAUGGUAUCGCGAUAUUUUGUCUGGUGAUAUAUCGUAUCGUCUCUUUGACCAAGUAUCGAUUUUUUUAAUUAAUUGCUGAUAUGAAGUCAAAUCUGAUACUGGAGAAAUAAAAUCAACUGUUUGUCCAGUGAGAUUGGCAAAAGUGACAUCAUAGAGCAGGAGGAAGUUAGUACAACAAAUUUACAUAAGGUUAGCAAGAUGUGCUACAAAAUAAAAUACUGUGGAAAUAAGGCAAACAUGAAGGAAAGUCAAAUGCUAAAUUAGCUUCACAGUUGAAAACAUUGUAUAAAUCGCGAUAUAUUGUAUCACAAUACUCACUGUAUUGCAAAAUGUUAAAAAUCGCAUAAUAUCGUAUCGUGGCCCAAGUAUCGUGAUAAUAUCAUAUUGUGGCCCAAGUAUCAUGAUAAUAUCGUAUCGCGGCCCAAGUACCAUGAUAAUAUUGUAUUGUGGCCCAAGUAUUGUGAUAAUAUCGUAUUGUGGCCCAAGUAUCGUGAUAGUAUCACUACUAGUGAUUCCCACCCCUACUGUAUGGUAACGUUGACCCUGUCUGCAGCAUUUGAAAGUCUAACUUCUGUUCCAGGUCUCUUGGUAGUUCAGCCACAAAGGGGCCGAGUUGACCAGGCUGCCUUGUGGGUAAUACACUUAACAUUAAAAAGAACUGAACCAUCCCAUAAAACCAUCUGAACCAACCAUAAAACAGAGAGCUGAAAAACUCCAAAGGGCCCUGUGUUGUUGAGCUGAAAGUUCAAGUUUGAUCAUGGCUGUUGGCUGUUUUUUGUUUUUAACACUUUGAGCAAAUGAUUGCUGAUAAUUGUCAGCAAACUGAAGCCAACGGUUUUAAUUUGUAAACAAUUAUCAGUCUUUUAUCAGGAAAAUUUUAAAACACUCAUAAUUCAGCUUCUCAAAUGUUAAGCUAGCUCGCUACACAAACAAAACAACUGAAUAGAGAUAAAGAUAAAAAUCAAAUGAUUUAAAAAUAACUUGUCUGCAUAAUAAAAGGCUUCUCAUUGCUUCCUCUUUAGUGUUAAAUCCAAAGUAAUUGCACUGACCACCUGUAAAAGUGAAGCUUUGCAGCAUCUUCACUCCUGAGGAGCCGGCUGCUUGAUCCCUUAAAAAGAUUACGCCAUUUCACCUCACUUUUCGGAGCGCAUCAGUUGCCAUGGCAGGAAGGUUCGGCCCUAAGUGGCCCCUCAGAGACCUCAUCCUCACUCCAAUCCCAGGAAGAGAGCAUCCUUUCUUUUAAUCUCUCCGCCGAGCCUUGUACCCAGCAGACAGCUAAAGCUGAUUGCAUCCUCUUUUCCCUGAAGCGCGUACACACACACACAGCGCACACAAACGCACACUCCAGCAUCAGCACCAGCACCAGCCCUGUCCUUCUGGCCCUAAUUUCUUUGUCUCUCAUAGAGAUUUGCAACAACAGCCCCACUGUGCUUUCAUGUAUUUAAUGGCUGUGUUUUCAGGCAGGGUGUUUCUUUGUGUCAUAUCCCCCCAAAAUAAAGAGAUUAUGAUGGUAUAGAGUUCAAAUCCUGUGGCAUUAAUGUAACACGAUUUAUCUGUAGCAUAAAUCUAAACUAAUCUGCAGAUUUUUUUUUUGCCUCACGCUGAAAAUUUCAGUGUCCUCUUUGGCUAAGCUCCGAUUUGCAUACAGGAUGGAUGGACGGAUGAAUGAAUAGAUGGAUGGAUAGAUAGGAUAGGAUACUCAAACCAACUAUCAAGAGUUUCCUUUUCAUUAAUUAUAAACCAGCUAUCGAGUAUGUGCGCAAAGUAGAGCAUUCCUCUAAGUGUGUCUUCUCUGUAAUCCAUCUUUGAAGUGGACACCUGAUUAAAAGAGUCGGUCACAGAUAUUGGUUUCAGUGCAUGUGAGCUGGUUGUACAACAUGGACAACGCUUGGAUUAAGAGUACAGAGUCCUCACUUAACCUCCUCCUGUAAGUGUAUCACAGUAAACAACUGGAUUUUUCAUUGAGCACACGUCUUGAGUGGAAAAAAAACUUAGUUAAAAGUUAGACCUGAUUGAAAAUGUACCCCCAGUAAAAAGUUCAAGUUAAAAUCAUGCUGCAGGGAUUUGUUCCAAAUUAUUUUCUGUGCAGUUUAAUUUGCAUCAGACCUGCAAACGUUUCCCUUUUACUGCUUCUCACAUCAUGGGCUUGAGCCACUUUGGUAAAAUCUGUUCAGCUUUCAGAGAUCCAUUUCGAAUGACUCACUGAUGACUUUUCAUAUGGUGCGUUAAAGGCAGCUCAGAGGAAGUUCCUGCUUUGUGAUGGCGAUAUCCUGAUCCACGCCUCUGUCCACAUUUGGGGAAAUGAGCCUGCGGGAUAAGUGACAGAGCAGCUGUGGCCUUUAGCCCUGGUCUUUUUCUGUUUCUGUGACAAGGAGUUGAAACUGCCUCUGCAGUUUAGGCUUUUACAUAUUAUUGCAUGUCCUCCUAAGCUGACGUUUGUGAUGUUUCACAUUUGUGAGUGUUACGAAUCUGCAUCUCUUAAGUGCAUGCUGGGAAAAAUUGAAACUAAUACUAGAAGACUCGUUCUUUAUCACUCCCUUAUUCACUUUUCCUCCCACAGUGAAUCGUUUCCUCUGUAGUGAGAGGAAAGACUGAGAACGUGAGGUGCUUGAAGCAUGAAUCAUUUCUUUUCCCACCACCACUGACAGGCGUGGUAAGGGUUGUGGAAAUUUACACAUCUACUACUGGCAAAGCUCUACUGGGCCUCUGCAAACAGUACAAGUUUAAGCUUGACUUAUGUUGAAUUUUCAAGGCUGAUAGUGAUAAAAGGAUUUUUGUUUGCUGUGUUCUUACGGAUUUUGAUGUGUUUUGUGUCCAAGAGCUUUGUAAUCUCGGGGUUUUAAAAUGAAUACUCUUCAUAUCUAGAAGUCCGAUGGUUGAACUGUACAUGACUGCCAGUGUUGUGAAAAGUAUACUUUCAUAGUUUCUUGAGUAGAGUGCAUGCUACAUCGACUUAACAUUUCAGUGUCAUCACUAUUGAGAAGAAUUAGCAGCCAAUCAAAUCAAUAAUUUCUUAUAAUAGUUGGCCUGAGAUGCUCACCCUAUAUUGUGUCCACAGAAUGCAUAGAAAAAGCGUGUUCACAAAUUAACUCUAGAUAGAUGCUAACAGAUGCUCCACUAUAAGGAAUAUCAUCUUACAGCACAGUGAGGUUAAUAUGAUCUAAAAAAACAGCGAUGAAGUUGAAUAAAGAGUAACAUAAGAAAAGUAAUCACCUUGAAAAUCUUGAGCUCAAGCUCUGAAUGUCAACUAUGAUCCUCUUAUGGAAACUAUGAGUCAUUUCUUUUCGGAUGAAAAAGUACUUGAAGCCUCCUUUUGAAGCUUUUCAGAAAGAUAUGGGUGUUUUGCAGUUGUUUUGUCCAUUUGAAGGCAGGAAAUGUAAUGAAAUAUCUGCGAAUCUCAGGGGAAAAUAUUUGAGCAAUCCGACCUUGUGACAUUUUUGCAAAGUACAGUACAUGAAGGACCGAGUUGAAGUGUUUUUGACAGCCUGCAAGUCAUGUUUCAGAUUAAAAGUUCAAUAAAUAGAGGAAGAGCUCUUAAGAGAUUAAAUUUUGGGUUUGCUUUUCGGACUUGCAUACAUGCUGUAGUAUCACAGAGCUAUUUGAUUUAUUGCUGAAUACCCUUCAAAUCUUAUAUUUCUCUGGAUUAAAGUCAAAAUCUUCUGCAGAAAUUUCAAGGCUGUCUCUUGAUCCCAAAAUGAGGUCAGUAGUGUGGUGUUUCUCGAAAGCAGUGCCUGGGACUUGGACCAUGAUGUCCACAGAGCAGGUUCAUGACCCCUUGGCCCAGCCACAGCACUGGGGAGAACGAUGCCAGCCUGGGUCUGAGCCAGGCGUAAGCAGACACCACAACACUGAGAGACUGUGUCACUCAGAGACUCAGAGACGGCUGCUGUAAUUACAGAAUCCCUCCACCGUCAGACAUAAUGUGGUCAAGGCAAUGAUACACAUGUGAGCAGAUACAUCAGCUCAUUCAUGCACACGCUGAAUCUCCGGUGGACGGAUAUCUGAUAGUAAGCGACGACCUCCAUGUGUAGAUUCAAAACUGGCUUGUGGUUCAAAAAAGGGGAUUAAAUUAAAGAUCCACUGUUUAAAUCCUUCAAGCCCACAGCUUAUAUAAUUAAUUCUAAUUAAAUUAGCCGUUAGCCGCCUCAGAAGAAAACACAGAGAAGACCUGCUGGGUUUUGUGCCAUAAUUCAAUCACGGAUAAGGACCUUUUUUAAAGUGCUUCACAAUUACAUGAGUUUGUAUAAGGAGCAGUGUCACAAUCUUAUAUAUGAGAACAGAGAUGUGAAAAUGGAGGAAGCGAGAUAAGAUAUUAGUAAUCCAUUUUUAGCUGCUGGGCUGGUUUGUGUUUAGUCAGAAAGAUCCAGAAGGUCACUAAGCCUUUUUAUUUUAACUGCACAUAUCUACUCUGAUGUAAGUUCUGGGUGCUAGCAUGUCUGGCUAACUAGCUUAGCACACUCUGGAGUAAAUAAGAUUUACAAUUAAGGACAAGAAGCACAUCAUUAAUAAAUUCAUUUGUUGUUUUACACAAGGCUGUCAAGUUUCAGAAAAUGACGAGAGUGAGACGAGAGUGAGACCUUUUUUAACGUUGAUUUUUACCUUAAAAUAGCAAUAUUUGUCCUACGUUGACAUCAAACUAGUAAAAAUAUAUUUUCAAAAGUUAACCCACAUGCAAUAAUUUUGUAUGAUCAAAAUUGGUAAGUCGAGGUGUUUUUAAUGCCAGUGCUAUUGUGUGUGAAAGAUAGUUAGAGACGCCAAGACCCGCCCUACAAACCCCCCUUGAUACAGCUAACAGAGUAGCGAACCUCCCCUGUCUGGAACCCGGUGCUAGACGAUUUUACAGUUUAUGCUAGCUGCUUUGUUUUUAAUACUUUGUUAACAGCCAGUGUUAACUCCUGAUUAUGUUUGUGGUCAUUAAAGGAAAUACUAAGUAAAGGAAAUACUAUCAGCAUACAUGUCGAAGUCCAGUCAAGAUGAUUGGCAGGGAUGCAUGUAGCGUUUUAUCAGGGGUUGUACAGGUCUGUUCAGCAAUAAGGCUUCCUGUUUAUUUCUUUAGAGGCCAGUUGAAUGUAUAUUAAUGUUUUCUUUUGCUCAUUGCCUCCAAGUAUCAAAAGACAGCUAGACCACUUUUUUUAUCAGACAAUAUCCUGUCUGAUGUGUUCUUUAUGCACGUACAUGACUGAAGUCAUAAACCUGAACCCAGAGGAAAUAAACAGCAGACAACUUUAGAGCAGAAGGGAGGAAAUGAAGUUGUUAGAGUUGUCCCCUUUAUUGAGGAUUUAGCUUCCAGAGAUGGUCAAGAGGUCGAGGAUCAGUCAGCAGCACAGCAACGACUCAGAAACUUGUGUUUUUUGACAUGGUAUUAACGUUGGUUGUUGGCCACAUGGAGGGACUUUAUUUAUUUUAAUGUUGCAUUCAUUCCUAAAUAAAAAGUCAUGUUAGCUAGAGUGAUAUUUUAGUACUUGUAAGUGACUGAAUAAUGAGGUAAUGGUGAACUUGACCAAAACAACCUCUACUACUUAUUAGGGGUGGGAGAAAAAAUCGAUUCACAUACGUAUCACGAUUUUUUUGUCUUACAAUUUUUUAAAUCGAUUUUCAUGUUAAAAAAUAUAUAUAAUUUGUUUUAUAUUUAAGAAUAAAUCUUAUAAACUGACUUACAUGUGAUGUGUAUUUUUGGGGUAAUAUGGUUUCUGGAAUAGUCAGUAGACAAUCAUAAUCAUUCAACUGUUUCCCUGGUGUUAAAAAAUCGGCAAUAUCGUAGAAUCGCAAUUUAAAUCGAAUUGGCAUCCAAAAAAAUCGUAGAAGAAUCAAAUCGGGAGAAAAGCAGAUGGUCCCAGCCCUACUACUUAUAUUAAAUAAUCUCCAGGAGACAAACCAUUGCUAUUAAAGCUAACACAAGAACCCAUUGUCUUAAAACUUAAAAAAGUUCAACCUCCAACAUUUAAUGCUGUGAGCUGAAUAUUUUCAAUGCUAAACUCAAUAAUCUAACAAAACUGGGGCAUGAAUUUAGUCACCAUUAGCUUAAUUUUUGUCCUUAUCCGUCUGAAUCACUCACUAUUGUCGUCAUUAAACUUCAGAUUGUAAAAGUACAUCUGUCACAUUCUGUUGUGCUAAUGAUUGACAAGUCAAUCAGCUCUUUUUCUUCUCAGGUCUCAUACUUCUUAAUUAUCUGAUCUGAAGAUCCUGAUCUUCACCCUCGGGGUAAAAAGGAGCUCAAACUCGCUCAUUUCCUUUUCAGUCGAGAUUAUUAAGACACAAAGCGGAAAAGGCCUCAAGCAGAUCAAAACGAGUAAAACUGUAAUAAAAGCUGUGGAUGUUUGACAUGCCUUCUUUGCUAAAUGAGACUCAAGGCGGUCUUUGUUUUCUUCUUUUUCAAAUGUUAACCUUCGCUAACUGUGAAUUAGGAUUAGACAGAAGUGUGAUGGCCUAAAACUUGGCCCUUCUUUUCAGUCCAUACUGUGUGGACACUCCAGCUGCCCCUGCUCUGCUAAUUAGCUGCUAACCCCGAGUCUUGAUGGAAGUUUCUUGGGCAGGAUGAGUCUUGUUUGGCCCCUGAAACCCUCUUGUCUCCUGGCUUGACUUCACCAGUUGCUUCACCUCGUCUUUUUAAAGGUGCUCCUGCUGGCACCAUGAUUUAAAAACGACUGCCCGCAGUGGUAGCACACUGAGCUUUCCAGGGUUUUACAACAUUGGCACUGUGUUAUUCAGUGAAAGGAGACUGACUUUCUUUUUGUGUUGCCUGGCACUGGCAUUCAAGUUGACUAAUGCUCCCUUAAUUACUGGCUGCAUUUUGCUUUUCUAUUUUUCCCACACUCCCUCCCUCCCACCCACUCCUGCCUCUGUCAGCUUUUGUCCGUGUAUAAUGGUCUCAGCCAGCGUGCAGCUGUAGAGCCCAACUCUUGCCUGCGUCUCUCCAGCAGCACUCAGCUGACCCACUAAUAGAAGGGUUUGUGUGAGGAGAAGGCUGGAGGCAGCAGAAGGACUGCUGCAGAGCUGCAGCUUAAAACAACCCGCCUCAGACAAACAUCGUGGACCUCCCGGGGAGAAAAGCUUUGAGGGGUAACGCAGAAACAAAUCUUGGUGAGAGGAAAAGGAAACAUGAAGUGAGAGUGCAGGAGCAUUAGUGCAGCAGUUAAUCUCUGCAGUCGAGCAUCUCCAAACUUUAUUUUAGGAAUGACCCCAAGUGACUUUGGACUCUUUGUGGUACUUUGUAAAAACUGCAUCCUAACCUUCGACUCAGGUCCCUUUAGGUUUCAGAGCUCGUCCUUGCUGUUCAGGACCUUUCCUUUCAAGUCAUAACACCAACUCUAUUGAAAGUGCAUCGCUGACAACAGCAAGGUUGAUGCUGACUUACAUCAUGGCUUUUCUGUUUACUGUUUGUUUGUUUGAUUGAUGGGGGCAAGUUUAUGGAUUAGAAAACCUCAGGACAGCAGCCUGAAGAUGCAGGACUGUCUGAGUGUUUGUGAUGUUGCCCUCAAAGUUGUUUACUCUGAAGCUUCUAUUCGCUGAUGUCUGGAGUGCUUUUUUUUCAGGGUUGAGCUCACUGCUUCCCACCCUCUUUUCAAACAGGUAUGAGACCAAGAUGUCAGUGUUGAGGUUGAAAUUGUGCCUCAUAUUGUCAAGUGUGGAUAGCUGGAGGGAACCUGACUUAAAUAUUGAUUAAAGGACUAUUUUACUGAUUGUAAAACUGAUUGAUUCAUUAAUGUUUGGAACCAUCAACACAUUUUACUGGUAAAACUUUCGUUAACUUUGUAAUAUCUCUAAUGUAAGGCUUUAACUUUUGGGAAAAGAUAUUGUUGCUGUCACCUAAAUCAGUCAGGGGUCAACAGUGCAACCGUUUCACUCGCAUUGCGACUAAAAGUAGAUGUGUGCGUAUGUUUAGAUGUGUAAAGUAGAUGUGUCUGAUCAAAAAAUCAGCCGAGGCAACAAAUGUUUUUUCAUGUAAAUACCGCGGUGAAGUUAGUUUUAGGUUGGAUAUUCGACGGACAUUGGCUGCGGAUCUCCCGUGUCUUCUCACUCUCAAAAACCGGGAAUAGCAACAGCAGUGCGGUUAAAUCUACUCGGCACCCUCACUGUCAACGUCGGGUGUUGAAUAAGGGACCAUCUAUAAAUUACCAGUUGAUGUUCUCAGAAAAGGCUGUUUUCCUUCAAUAGCUUCCAUGCCAUGUGACCAAUUAAUCUAAAAUUGAUUUCAAAUAAUAGUACUUAUGUUGACCAAUAAGACACACCUCUUUAUUUCCAUAAUUUGUCCUCUAAAAGUUUUUGUGUUGAAUUUAAAGGCAAAUUUUGAACAUUUUCUUCAAUAGCUGCCAUGUCAUGUGACCAAAAGACCUAAAAUUGAUUUCAAAUAAUCGUCCAUAUGUCAACCAAUAAGACACACAUUAUUUAAUCAGUUUUCAUUGUGCCCCUAAAGUUCUUUGUGUGCUUCUUAAGAAGCACAUGUGCUCCUUGUACAAAAAGUUAGUGUCAAACCCUGUAAGUGCACGUUUUUAACUUUUAUCUGCACCAAAACUCAGGUAUCAGGAGGUACGUCAGAGUAUCAAAAAUGACAAUAAGUUUUAGUGAGAACUUUUGUAAUUCAGUUCAAAGAUGAAGAUACUGGAUAAGUUCCCAGUUUAGCUAGUGUUUCCAUGUUGGCCUGCAGCAGGAGGAGGCUGGACAUCAUCAGUGUAUAUGACAGGGAGCGGCAGACUCUGGAGGCGGGGCUGUCUAACCUUUAGAAGAAUGCAGAAGUGUGUGUGUGGGUCAUGUAUCUGGGAUAUGGCGUCCAUUCCAACACUCUUCCAGCUGCAGGAGCAUUUCUAUUGUCAGGCGCUAAUCCGUAGUGACUUUCAGCCCCUCUGCCCUUGUCCUCGUGUCCACGGGGAAUCUGUGUGAAGCACAAAGCUGGAAUGUCAGGGGGCCUCAACGGAAGACCUUGGCCAACCUUUUUAUUAGAGUGUAAGUGAACAGAGGAGUAAACCUGCAGGUAUUACCUCCUGUAUAAGUUUAAGAUGCUGAAAAGGAGGAUUAAAACAAGCAGCAGGAAUUGGUGUUAAUGUAAAAACCCUGCAGACUUCCAGCUCAGCCUCUGUGCCCAAAACACACACACUUAUCUUUUUUUGCAUGUGUGUGUAAUUCAAUAUUGCACGCACAGACGGCACAAAGCAAGCAAAAACAAGAUUGUUUUGUUAUCUGGGCCACAUUUGGCUCAGGAGGAUUUGGUUUCAGUCUUUGGGAAUCUGCAGCCCAGGAGAGAGGAUGAAAGAAACAGCAGGGGAGGAAAAAGAAAUCUUGUGUACAAAUCACAGCUCUGCUGAAUCACUGAAAAGUGCUGAUCGGGCUUCAGACUUGGCUAAAUGUUGUGCCAGGAACAGUUUUACAAGCAGGCAUCCCAUCAACUCUUUUUUUUAACAGGCUACAACUGCAGACCUCCUGUGGUUGUUUAAUAGAGAAAGCAUGAUGGCAACAAUAACUAUGAGGCUGAGAUUCAGUCGUCAAGAGGAGUGAUGCAUCAUCGUCAUGGUUACCCACAAACGAACAGCAACAUUGGCAGCCUGGAUGUGAGCUCUUAGCCCACACAUGCAACACAACGCUUUGAUGAGAGAGACAGACUCAGUCACUCAGUCAACACAGCUGAGGUCACAUGACACCUCAGAUGGCCCGCAGUCAUAAUCAGUUUAUUGUCUAAAAGGAACAAAGUCAAAGACGGAAAAUAUGUAGAAAAAGGUACAAUAAUGGAAAUAAAACCACAAUAAAGACUUUUAUUUGAGCUCUUUCUAUCAAAAGUAGAAAUUCAAUCUGUUUUCAGAUGAUUCGUGGGACCACACAUGUUACAGUGUCUGUUUACAUUGUGUAAAUAAAUGUUUAAGAUUUGUCUGGAGAUACUCUUAUGAUUUCAGGCUACAAUAAACCUUCAGCAUUCUUGUUUAUUCAUGAAGUUUACACUGAGGAUUUUGGCAGCUUUCAUCUCGCUGCGAUGAACUCUCCAUGAACUCUACCUCUAAAUGGCUUUGAGUACCUGCUAUUGUGAUGUUGUCUCGACAGGAAACCUCUCCCUACAAAAUGCACUUCCACUGAGACAAUCACGUCUGGUUUACUCAGGGGGUCCUGAAAAUGUCUAGAAAUGUUCAGCUAUGCUAAGAGGCUGAUAUAAAAGGAUGUAACACCAUGUUUGGCUCAUGAUUUAAUAUGACUUUUGGUAUUUGGUGGUGGUUUUUGGUCACUUUGGUAUUUAUUCCUAGGAGUCAAGUCAUUUUAAUUCUACAAAAAUCCUCCAGUUUGCAUUCCUCAGUUGCAGUUUUCAUGUUUUGACUAAGCCGACUUUGCAGCCAUUCAACCAUUUUCAAAGCAUAAAAGGCUACAUUGCCAGACUAGGCAGUGAGAAAUCUACCAGAAUGUAUCAUAUCAAAUACAGAAUUAUAAGUCUAAAUCUUACCGUCUAAGAGGUGAAGGCCAAAAGAUCUGCACAUCUGCAACUGUACAGUGAAAAAAAAAUAACUCAGUUCCAAGUAGAAGUCGUCUUUUCUAGGGGUGUCUUGAUACAAUAUUGUUAUCGGUCCGAUAUCAGCAAAAAAAUGAAUAUCGAAUUAUAUAUCGGCCUGCAUCUAAAAUCUCCGAUGUCGGCACUCCGAAACAAGCAGUUAAUUCCAGACUCCGCUUCUGCAUCUCUAACUAGCAGCGCCCUGAUCCAGCAAGCUAAGCCCACAAAAUCACAACAACAGUGUUUACUAAGGUACUAACAUGGUAGAGAGGAGUAAGAGUGAUGUUGGCCUUGUGGCAGUAUUUUUUGUUGUUUAAGUCUGAAAAAGACAUUGCAGUUGAGUGAAAAACUUGUCAUGGACAAGUUUGUCCAUGACAAAGGGUCAGCGACAUGAUAUUGAUCCGAUAUUGGGACAAACUUGUCAUGGACAAGUUUGUGCCAAUAUCGGAUCAAUAUCAGUAUUGGUCAAUAUUGAGGGCUACAAUAUAGAUAUGGUAUGGGAAGUCAAAAAGUUGUAUUGGGACACCCCUAAUCUGUUCAGAUGUUAAGUCUUCUAAGUCAAGUAAGUUCUUAUAAAAUGUAUAAAAGUUUUCAGGAUUUAGUAGAUUCUGUUGUCCUUCUCUGGCCCUGACAGUAAGUGACUUUUGUUCUACAUGUUUUUAAAAAAUACAAAAUAAUUGUGAAAAAUCCCUAAAACUGUGAUCCCAAUAUUGAUUUAAAUCUUCUUGAUUAUCAGUUUGACUAUAAUCAUGCAGCCCAAAAGCACUAAACUCGUGUGUGGGAGUUGGUACAUAUUUGUUUAACAGCUAACCUUGAAAGUUACAGGCAUUUUAUCAAAAACUAAAAGAAACCUUUUUCUCAGAAUCUCCACAAACCAAACCUACGCACAUGAUCCUAAAAAUAACAGAGUUUUGUCAAUAUUUUGGAAAUCACAACAUAAUCGACCCACAGUUGUCCUCGUUUCAACCAAUCAUCAUGAAAUUGACCGGAAAAUAGAAUUUGCUCAUGAGAAGGCUGAUUGGUUCUUCUGUUGCCUCCAGACAUCAAGACGUGUGGAUGAUCACUGUGAGUCUUUGUCAGUGGUGAUCCUGUUGAGCUGUUUCUGAUCCUGCUGAGCUCUGAAAUCCACAUGAGCCUGUGUCUUGUGUCUUUGUGGUGAUCAGGACCCUGCAGGACCUGGCUCACUGCCACCACCAAAACAGCAAACACAGCUCCUGAUUUAUUGUAUUGUGUUGGCCCAAAUGAGCCGACACAGUCCAUUACACUGCCACCGCUAUUAGAGCUGAGAUUGAUCCAAUUAGGCUGCCGUAGAAUGAUGCUGGCUUGACAUGCUGAAACCAGGCAAAAAGCCUUAAAAGAACAACACCGGGUCCAAGCCGGGGUCAUGUUAUCUCAGGUAAAUGUGAGUGAGCAGGUGUGUGUGCGAGUCACGUUUCAUUCUGACCACAUUCCAGUGGGUUCAGAUUGUUUUGUAAAUGUUGUGGCUUCAAGCUGGUGUUGAUUUGGAUCUGUCGGCAUGUGAGUCUCACCACGCAAGGAUGAACCUGAAUGGACAACACUAUGAGCUGCUCUCAGGAGCUACAUUCACAAACACUUGAAACCUUUUGAGUAUGAGAGACAUUACAUAAACAACCAGGAACAGUGAUGGCAGGUGAUGAUGUACAGUGUCCUCAAGACGAGGUGAAAGUGAUGUUGGCAUUUAUGCGGUGUGUGGAUUUGUCUUCUUCAGCACAUAGAGGAAAAGAUAAGAGAAGACUGCUUUGUGCACAUGGGGCGCCAAAUCUGACACAAAAUAAAUACUCUUUUAUUCUAUGUAUCAUUACAUAAUUUAUAUGAAAUGAUAGCAAGCGACUGCUUUGGAUUUGAUAUACUGUCCUUCUGGAUGAGCAAAAUGUGUUUUAUCUCAAAAAGACGAGGUGACCAAGGCAAAACGUUGACAGCAGCGUGCUUGAGAGUUACGUUAAGGGUUCAAAAGUGACAUUUUCACCACCUCCCCCAACAUUGACUGGGCAACAUCAUCAUUAUCAUUAUCAUAUCAUAGGCAACAGCCAAUACUCAUCCCUUCAAAAGACUGUUGUUGAUAGGCCAGAUUUGUUGGCUAACCUUUGCUCAGGACCAAAGUUUGCAGUCUCUGAUUUCUGUACAAGAAAGACUGUAAAAAGGUGACUCCUCUCUAUGUGAAAGAGGGGUUAGGGGUCAACCAGUAUGCACAUGCAGUUUAAAGACCUGGUUAGGACAUUUUUAUACAUUUCAAGGCCUCUGGGCCUCUUACUCAUAGAAGGAAGGAAGUAAGACUAAUCCAAACAAAAGCAGUCUCACUGUCGCUCUCAGUUUGUGUUUGAACCGUCCGCACAGGAAACUCCACCUCUGAACCCCUUUACAAGUUUCUCAAACAUAUCCUUUUAAUUUCACUCUUCCUCUGGAGCACAACCUCUUCCUGUGAGCUCUUUUUAGGCGCACACACACACACAAACAGAUGUCAGACUGCCCAUGAACAUUGCCCUCUCUCUAUGCUCCUGUAUGAAUAUUCAUCUCAUUUGCAUCCCGGCUUCAUGUUUCUUUUUUCAGUGUGAAGGUCAGGACAGAAGUGAAUCUUUCCCCUCCUAAAUUAUUUAAAUUAAAGUGAUUAAAUUUUCUCCAUUCAGGCAAAACUUUACUUGUCUUCUAUAAACCUGUCACAACAUUUGGCUUUUCUUUGUGCCCCCUCAUUAUUUAAACUCACCAUGCCUCCACACAAGCUGCACAAGUACUUCCUGAUCAGUAUUUAAACUAUGUGGCUGCCUGUGCUCACCCACUCACACUCCUCCUCCUCCUACUCUUCCUCCCUCUGCAGGAGCUUUCUGAGGAUCAGGACCUGGAAGGGCUCGGAGAGCAGGCGACAGACGUUCAGACCAGACAAGCAGACGUCUGCGGCGGCACAGCGGGGGGCAAGAUGGCAUCCAUACCAGAGUUUUACGCCGGGAAGAACGUCCUGAUCACGGGAGCCACGGGCUUCAUGGGGAAAGUGCUGUUGGAGAAGCUGCUGAGGUCGUGCCCUGAAGUCAAAACACUCUACAUCCUGGUCAGACCCAAAGCUGGUCAGUCCAUGCAGCAGAGGGUCAGCGACAUGAUGACAUGCAAAGUAAGAGAGUGAAUGUGUGUCAGUGUUUAUGCUUUGGAUUCAUGACAUACCUUCAUUAAUCCUUGUGCUGAAGGUUAUUACCAAGUAAAGGGUGAUAAAAAGGAGUUUGAAGAAACAUCUGCUUUUUGAAGAUGAUAACCUGGAAACCAUUUCAAGGUUGAAUGGUUUGGCCCGUAAGAUUUUAAGUUAGCUUUUUUGCCAACAUGAACAUUUACCAGAAACCCAGCGGUCCGUUAAUAUGAUAAAACACUAAAAAUAGAUUCACCUGUUGAGAUGGUGCUCUUGUUAUAGCAUGACAGCAGCACACCUGGAGUCAACCAUCCACAUCCAUCCACACCAGGUACAUCUGGGCAUUUGACUAGUGAGCAGCUGAUUCAAAUCAUCUUUCAAAAGGAGCUCUGUUCAUAAUUCAUUGCGGUUGAAACGUCUUUAUAGGGCAAUAUAAAUUUGGCUGUGAACUGUGGCAGCAGCUGCUGUUGCCAUGGUAAAAUGUGCUUAAUGACCCAAGAAAGUCCAAUAGUUCAUCUUUGAGCUUCUGCAGGGAGCUACAAAGAGUCAGAGAGCAAAAAAAAACGAGGAGUCUGAUCGAGAACACAGAAAGGUGGACUGAACUGUAAACUACCUCGACUCUGUGCGAGGAAGAAAGAAAAGGUGAGGUCGGGAUAAUGCGAGGAGGAAGGAGAGGGGUUGAGGAGAGGUCCAGGGGCGAGAGAUGAGGAGAAGAAGAGGAGGAGGAAAGUAAUGGGUGGAGGUGGGGAAGAUCCAAAUGUGUGGCGUCAGCUGAAUCAGGCCAAACAGCAAAGCAUGACUCAACAAAAAGCCUUCAAACUACAUUGGACUUAAUGAGGUUUAAAGCAUUGACGUGUGCGGUGUGUGUGUAUGUGUGUGUCUGUGUGUGUGCAUUGAUGUGCUCUGCUGUGUCCUCAUGCUGCUCUGCUCGGCUGUUGUUGGCCUCAAACUGUCAGCACACCUAAGAAAAUCACACUUUGGCUGAAUUCCCUUUCCUCUUUCUCUGUCUCCCUCUAAUAGCAUCUAUUUUUAUAUCUCCCCCAUUGAACCAGGUAGAGUGUUUGUUAUUUUGCUCAGCUCAAAGAUUUGUCCCUUAGCUAAGCGUUUCUGUUUGUUUUGACUUUUCCCUUUAACUCUCCCUCCAUGUCCACGUCUCACUGAACACGUCCCUCACCGUGUUAUUAGCCCAGAAUGACAUAACAGCGCUGUAGAAAUGACAGGGUUAGCUUGUUAGCUGCCACUUUCAAACAGUAUUUAUGGGGAGAGUGGGCAACAAAGACAUUAUUUUUAAUAUUUAAACACCUGUUUUAAAGUCUGUGUCUGGGGAUUUUGAGGGGGAAAAGCUUUGGAAGUAAGUUCAGUUAUUCAGGGUCUAAAGCAAAUGACAGAAAAUGACUCGAAUUAUGUAUUUGUGUCUCACCAAACAGAACUUCAAAGUCUUGGCCACCAGUGCCCGCGCAUAUCCAAAAAGCUUUGAUAGUGAGAGUGAGCGUCAAAAUAAGGAUCAUUCUUCAUGUAAUCAUCUUGUUUAAAAUUCUUGUCUGCAUUCCAGUUCCCUCAGAAGUCAGAUGUCGGAGCUAAAAAUGACGUCACACCCUUGUUCCUUGUGUUUCAGUUACCAAGCCGGAAAAAAGCUAAAUCGGAGACCUGAAACAAAAUGGCUACAUCUACAAAAGUUAUUUUAGUGCUUUCCUUGUCCAAAUAUUAGGCAAACGCUAAAAAAACUUUCAUAGAUGUAGCCAUCUUGUUUCAGGCCUCUGAUUUUGCUUUUUUCUAACUUGGUAACUGAAACGAUGGGAACUCGGGUGUGACGUCAUUUUCAGCUCUGUCAUCUGACUUCUGUGUGGGAACUCAAAUGCAGCAAUAAUCCAGUGUCACGGCCAUAUUGGAUUGGUCUCCCCACCGUAGCCUAACUGCAGUCAACAGAGAACGAGGAUCUAGUCCCAGUUUUUGUGCAGCCUACGGUUGCAAAAACCAACGCAGUAUUGAAACCAGAUCUUGUAGGAUUACAUUUCACUAGUAGGAUUGAGAAAUAAUUGGUUAUUUUUGAUUUGCGUCAUGUAUCACAGCUACAUCUCUGCCAUUUAUUAUAAACCAAACCAUGAAACAAUGAGGUAAAAAUUUGGGGAGUUACGAUUAGUAUAUUUGGACCCGAAUGAUAUAAUACCUUUUCUUUCAAUUACCGGAACCAGAAUAAAAAAGGAGCUCACCUGAAGGCAAGUGAGUAAGGAGGUCGGAUUACCUGAUAAAUUGUAAAAAACCUUUGUCUAUCUCAUGAUACUGCCGGUUGAAUUGGCAGGGAUUACCGUUGAAAUUACAGUUGACUCACAAUGAAGCGAAUAAAUACGAUUCAUUCACGUGUCUAGAUCCGUGAUUUAACUGAGUAGAUGAUUUUACACACGCUUGGUGUUAGCGUCCCAUUAAGGCUAAGUGAAAAGCUAAUCCACUGUAUAUUUGAAGAACCAUCAUAGAUGAGAUGUUAUGAACUUUUAGUGUUUUGUGUUUCUAGAAACACCUGUCGCUUCAACAUUUUCUCCUCUUCUUUAGUCUGCAGAAUUUUCCUUCGAAGUCAUUUCCAUUCUAUCUGGCAGCAGUUAAGUAGUGUGUCCGCUAUCAGGACUCCACUUGAUGCUCUGCCAAGCACGCACUCGCUCAUGCUCGCUCCACAUUCAGAAGUGAUGUCAUUAAAUUUCCAUGACCGAGCCUUCAGUACUAAUUGCUAUUCAUGCUAGUCCCCAGGUCAGUUUUAUUCUACUCAGUGUCGGGAUAAUUCAUGAAGGAGGAUGCUGGUUUUGUCUCUCGAGGAGCCUCUCUUCUCAUCCUGCGAGCCAGGCCAGUAUCUUUCUUACCACCUGUUGCUAGGUAACCGCUGAGAGAUCUGUCCCGUGGUGUUUUUUCAAAGGAUGUAAUCGGGAGAGCUGCCCCGAGGAGGGAAAAAGGACAAACCGAUAGGAAUCUCAUUGUCUGUGUGCAUCUCCACUUCUCCGAUACUGACAUUUAAGUCGUGUCUGUCUGUCUGUCUGUCUGUCUGUCUGAGCAGAGCCCUCUCUCUCUGCUCUGGUGGAAAUGUUCAGAUGCCUGCAGCUCUGGCCAGCUCGGCUCUGCAUGGCAUGUCAGGCACUCAAUACAAGUGGGCCUCUGGGUAGACAGGGUCCUCUGUCCUGUUCUGUUGCAUGCUUUCUCCACCCACCAGCCUGCUGCGGGACACAGGGGCGGUAAUUUAGACUGCGGUGCAUCUUCAUUCCGCAGGUCUACGCUGUGGGUCAAAGGUCAGAUAAAGAGAUAGAGAUGGGAUGCUUUAGUGGGAUGGAAUCUGGUGGAAUUUUGCACACCAGCCAGAACACCAGACAGCAGGUGGUUCUCUCUGUAUAACUAUUGAAUGAUUAUUGAUUAUAGCUUAAGGGGUUUAUUCUGUGAUCAGUACGGCUGCUGCGCCAUCCGUUUACUCAAAUGAUACUGAAUUUUGUGUUGAUGUGCUGACUGCAUGAGGACAGGCUGGUACAUUUUUACAUUUCAGCAUUAAGGCAGUACAAAGUGCUACAAUCAGACGACAUGGAGCCAAAAUGACAUAGAGUAGAAGACACAAUAUGAGGGCACAGAAAAAUGAAGCAAAGAAAACAGUUAAAAAUAGGUCAAACAGGUCUGACCAUCAAGAUACCGUUUCUGUCAUAAGACUCUAAUUAAAGGGAUAUUCCGGUGUAAAAUUAAAAUUAGUUAUUACGGACUGCUAAGGGGUGACACAGCUCAAGGAAGAACAUUUAUGAUCAUUUCUUUAUGGAAAUGCAAUCAGACUGAGACGCUAAGGCAGACGAACUACCGCGUCUGCAGUGCAAAAUGAUCAUAAAUGUUCUUCCUUGAGCUGCGUCACCCCGCAGCAGUCCGUAAUGGACUGGCCUGAGGUCUCCGUACAAACAAGCUGCUGCUGGAAGAGAGAGAGUAAGUUGUAUUUAGUCUCUUUGCUAAGCUAAAAAGAUGUUUGGUUAUAGAGUGGCGUUUUGGUUGAGGUUUGUUUAUGGCUCCUCAGACCGCUGUGUAUUGCUAUCCUGCGGUCGUUACUAAAGUUGGUAAAACUAGAGAAGCAAGCGGCAACAUUCAUCUCUCGACCGGGUGUCUAACUCGGUGUUACAGUGUGUUUGACCCUAAAUUAAUUUUACGCCCUUUAAGUAUGUAGAGGACAAGAUAAACACAAACUGCUUUGUCCAGAGGGGGCGCCAAAAUUAAAACAAACAGAAAGUUUCUCACAUGAGCUUUAACUCACAAACCAUACAUAAAGGUUACAUUACUAAACGGACACUUUAUCACAUUUUAUCCAUCUAAAAGGGCUUUUCCGUACAUGUCAUAUGCUAGAGGUAAAUCCAAGGGUUACUUUUUUCAUGCUUCACAUACUGAAUUGGUAUCUAGAGGGCUUUUUAUAUUCUUUACACAAAAGGACAACAAAGGAGCACUCAGUCAGUGUUUCAUCCUUAAGAAGAGCAGCCACUAAUGUAGUUUUUAUACAUUUUCCACAUAAAGGGCACCAGAGAGGGCAAUUGAUAGUGUUUUCUUUUCCACAGAAGCAUUGAAGAGGGCGCUUUAGCCGCAGCAUUUAUUUAGACAUGAGAGCACCAGGGGCUGUGAUUGCCUAUCUUGUCCAUCUGAGUACACAGCUGUAUUCUCCUGGCUUGGAUUGAGUUUAUUGCAGUAAAUAAUCGUAAACUUGAAGUAGUCUUCAUUCACUCUAAGAGGUAAAACGGUAAAAGUGAAACAAAGGACAGUUACUUUUCCAAAGCUUGUUGGAAAUUUAAAAACUUUUAAAAUGAUUCUUUGCUAAAAACUUUUAAAUUGUCAGAAAGAGACAAGGAUCAAUUUUAGUUCCUUCUCGUAACAUCUUGAAGAAAGCAGUCAUGUGUCUUUUUUUACUGCGCCCCUUUAGGGUUUGUAGUGACUUUUCUUCCUCUUUGAUCCUCUCACGGAGGCACGGUGUCAGCAUACCCUUCACUGAUUAAUGGUCUGACAUUAUGACUCUGAAAGAAAGAGGGCUGCAGGCAACACUGUACUGGAGCGCUCGCAUAUCUCCCUUAAGACCGAAAUAAGUAGCCUCAUUCCUGACAUGCCUGGGAUAUCAGUAUCCUGCAGUUAUGUCACUGCUGAUGCAAAGAAAUAACCCACACCCACGUUCUCUGUAUCCAAGAGGGGUUGGCAUCAGACAAAAAAAAUAGGAUGUGGGCAAGCGGGCGUAAGUUUCCAUAAAAGAUACAAAUAUAACGUCUUAAUCUUAUGUUCAUGCUGAUGUUUAACUGGGUUUUAAGUUGUGUAUUUGCAAAAAGGGAUCAUGCAUGUUCAGGCUUUGGUAAUGCAGCUCCUUAAUUAUUUAUAGAGGUGCGUGUUAGAGAUACUUGGAUGCACAGAUUCAUGCUGCUCAAGAGGGUUUGUCUAUUUGCAGUGAAAGCACAACGUCACUGACUUGCAGAGCCAUGGGAGGCAGCUUUAAGUUCAGAGUGCUGGAGUUAGAGGUGCUUUUUUUUUUUGCAUUUGAUCAGCCAGUGCGUAGAUUUGCAUAUUCAUUGAUUUUGAUAAAAGACUAGCUUUACAUUUUAUUUAUAAUUUCAGGAUACUAUGUAAAAGAGGUGGGAGAAAAAAUCCAUACAGCAUAGUAUCGCAAUGUUUUGUCUUGUGAUAAAUCGUAUCUACUCAUUUAUCAAGAAUCGAUUUUUCAAAUUAAUUGUUAACAUGAAGUCAAAUCUAUGAUAAUGGGAAAAUAAAACCAACUGUUUGUCCAGAGAAGUUGGCAGAGGUGACAUCAUAGAGCAGGAGAAAGUUAGUACAUCAAAAAUAUAUAUAAGUUUUGCUAGAUGUGCUACAUGUCGCAAUAAUAUGGUCUUGUGGCCCAAGUAUCAUGAUAAUAUCGUAUCGUGGGGCCACUAGUGAUUCCCACCCCUACUAUGUGAUAUGUACAAACAGCUUGGUUUGUUGUAGUUAUACAUCCAAGCAUGAUGAAGCAGAUUCAAAAGGCUGCAGUGCACAUUGAACGGUUUGAACAAAUGUUUUUAUUAUUGUUAUUGAUCUAGUUUACGUCUGGACAAGAUAUCUUCUCUUCUUUUUAUGGCCAUGCUUACUCAAAGUUUAUUUUCCUCCAUUUUUGUUGCUAAACAGGCACUUCAGAGACUAAAACAGACCUCCUUGUUGUCUCGCAUUUAUCUCUAUACUUUCUGUCUAAGACAGACUCCUAUUCUGUGGUUUUCAGUCCUUUGCCCAUUAUCCCACUCUGAUCCAUCAUGACUACACCAUCAUAUCGAUUUCCUCCUGUUUGCAUCCAGAGCCAGGUGAUCGUUCUCAGUUGUAUAAAUAUUCAAGAUUUAUUGAUUCCCCUCUGGCUCAAACAGGCGUAUCUGUGUUUCCACUUGUGGAGCCGGUGAAAUCCUCCGCCUGAAUGGUUAAUGCCAGCUGUCAGUGAAGGCACACCUGAAGCAUCUACCUCUCAAUCCUGGAGCGAGAUCAGACCGUUUGUAACAUGCCUUCUUUUCAACCCUUUAAUGCUUUCCUAUGCUGGAUUUAUACGCUGAAUCCUGCAGGAUAAAGUGAGUGUUAUUAUGGUGAGUCAAGCUCUGUCAAAACUGCAGGUUUUGGGGAUGAGAGAGAGCAGGUCGACAGCGCAGCACAUUGCAAGCUAUUAGAGAGACAACCAACAGCUCACCAACUCCUCCCCUGAGAUGAAGACAGUGGGGAGCUGAUGCUUUUGCGUAUAAUUAGGCCACAUUAACUUCAGUUUAUGAAGCAAAUUAGCACAUUAAAACGUCACUGUUGCAGUCACUGAGCGGAUGGAGACAUGCGUAGUGGGAUCUCAGUCCUCCAGGGGAUUGUUGUAGCCUAGCCCAGCGCCUGCACAGCAUGUGCAGACUCGGCCAAACUGUUUCCUCUCUCCACGUCCAUAUGGCUCCGCAGAUAUCUACAGCGGGAGGCUCUUUGAGUGUGAUGUAAUGGUUUUUCCCCUUUGUUAUAGCCUCAGUGCCCCCAUAAAGACUCAUUUGAAGGAGAAGCACUUUCCUACAUCUGUGCGUUGUAAAUACUCCUUAUAUAUAGUACAUAAAACCUGAGCUGCUCUUGGAAGAGAGACCUGGACUCAGAUAGUAAAAGGUAUUUUAUUUCAGAAGCUAAAGAAUACCAUACAAACAUAUGAUAAAGUGUACCUUAAAGAAUCACUAAUAAGUGAACCGAGACAGAAACAUAAGGACCUCUUCGACAGACUUUAAAGGAUAAUUUGACACUGAAGCUAAAGGGUGUCCUAAAAUCUUGAGUCCUUUAGGUUGUCUAAGGUCGCUUUCACACCAGAGCUGUUUGGUCCGCUUUAAAGGGACCAGAGUUUGUUUCCUCGGAUAGUCUGCUUCGUUUGGGCAGGUGUGAAAGCUCAUCCGAACUCUGGUGCUGACCAAACAAGCGAACUCUGGUCCGCCUGAAAACGGGGGUCUCGGUUCAGUUGCAAGUGAACCCUGGUUCGGUUCGUAUGUGGUCGUAGAAAAAUAACAGGAUCGAUCCCUGACAAGCUACGAUAGCAUUAUAGGAACAGUUGCGUUCACUAACGUUGUAGCAUUCCAUAAAAUAAUGUGACGACGCACGAUACAAGACGGCUAGUCCACCCCUGUUUGUAAUCCGUGAGGUUACAUACCCCUCCUACUUUGUCAAAUCAACGAGCGCCCCUUUCAACCACGUGAUGCUGCUCGGAAAGUUCGAUGCGCUUUAGAAAUCACAGUGUGAAAGCAGAACCGAAACAAGUGAUAAAUGCAACAAUGUUGCGACUUUCAGCUCCCCAAUCAAACCGAGUCCGCUUGGUCAGGUGUGAGAGCGACCUAAUAUUUGACAGAACUUUAAAAAAACAACUCAUUCGAAACAGUAGUUUUUAGGAUCAAGACAGACGCCUUGGGUUCUCGAAUCAGAACGCUAGAGUUCUUCAAGACAAAAGCUGUAAACAAACAAAAACCACAGGGGGUACCGUGGAAGUGUCGCUUUUAAUACGUUGAAACUGUGCGAACAGAUCCACUGAUCAGAAGAGUAUCUUAAACACACCCCAAAGUUUCAGUUUAGACAACUUUAUUUACCGCAAGGUAGCAAUUGUGUUUUGAGAGUCAGUUCAGACUGUACAUACCAUACAUUUAAGGACUGUAUGUGCCUUCAACCAGAGGCUUAAGGCUGUCUUGAAAUGAACAGGGUUUCCUUUAUACUUCAGAGUAACCUAAAACAGAGGAAAAGGAUAAGAUAAGAAAAACUUUAUAGAUCCCUCAGAGAAAUUCAGUCAUACUUUGAGACAGGUACCUCAAAACAAACACCUGUUAAAUAAAAAUCAGAAUAGAAGUAUUGCACUCUCAAAAACAAAAUGUCAGGAUUACUUGAAACAGAAACUUUGGAGUAGCUUGAAAGAAACACAGAAUACAUUAAAACAGGUACAUUUGUAACAGAUACUGCAAGAUUGAAAGGAUUUGAAACAGGUACCUUAAAGGGGAAGCUAAAGAGUUUCUCUAAAUGGACUCCAAUGGACUUCUAAAAUGAAUGCUGAAGAGUACCUUGAAACAGGUCGAUAAGUACGCCCUCAAAGAGAGACUUAAAAAUACAUUUGACCAGUGUUUAGGGAUCCCUAAAACACUAGUCAAGUUAUAAAUGUCCAAUUAAUCAGAAAAUGCCUGCAGAUAUUUUGUCUGACCGUCACCAUGAUAUCGUAGCAGAGAGAUGUACUUUCACAUUUGAAAAGCCUCUUUAUCUUUCUGGCACUCUGUGUUGGAUUUACAGUAAAGGAUGGUCAUGUCUGUAAACGGCUGCAGGAAAGCAGAGAAAGCCAACAAAUGGACCUUAAUGGAGUUAGAAGAAGUGGUUUCAGACUUCUUCUUUUUUCUGCAGCAUUAUUUUGUGGCCCUGAGGCCAUGAUAGUUUGUUUGUGUUAUUGAUCAGGUAAGGAUUUAUGAAGCCCUGCUGCUGUAUAACAAGUGGGCAGAGGAGCUGGUGAGAGCUUUAAGGACUUCACCACAGCGCAGAUAGAGAUUAUUGUGUUUAUAGACAAAAAUAAUACACAUAUGAAGGUUUGGGGGUUAUUUCAUUCGAUCAAAUUGUGAUUUCUAACAUAAUCAAAUCAUGUUUUUAAUCAUACCUGUGUACCUUUUGCCAUAAGUGGCAAAUACUGAUCGAGUUAAUGUUAUGAUUACAGACAGAAGUAAGCAAGAAGACAGUUGUGACAUUAGAAAUCAGGGAUAUUUGGCUCUUUUUGAAUUAAUACCCAAAUGAAACAAUCUUUCUGUCACCUGAUUGUUGGAGACGUUGUUUUGUCCUUCACAGUGUUGUCCAAAAACACAGUGAGUCGUUCAAUCUGAUAAAAACUGUCUGUGAAUUUUAUCCAGGCAGAAAUUCUGUUGUCUCUAAAACAUGAUCAGGAAAGUGGUUUAGCAACAAACAAACAUAGUUUGUAGUGGACAGCGUCGUAUCGGAGGAUCAUGUUCUCUGAGAUUACAACCUGCAGCAGCUCUGUCUGCAGAUAAACUCUAAAAACAAUCUGAUACAGAAACCAGUUUGCUGUUUUAGAUGUGGUGCCCAUGAGACUGAUUCUUUGAAUGUCAAAAUGCCGAGCAAUCGUGAAUAAUGCAAUAAGCUGAAAGGGCUCAAAGUCAUAAAGAGUAAAAGGCUUUUAAAACACAAACCACACUUUCCCCUAAGGUUGCUGCAGUGACAAGAGAAAAUGUGCUCAAGGCUCUCCUGUUGUUCCUGUUCUGGUAUCUCAACGAUCAGAGCCUAAUUUGCAUUCUACAGAUGAAGAGAGACACUUGAAAGUGAACGGAUCAUCUCUGUGACUCUGACAGGUGGAGAUAACCAGCUCAGCAAGAGGCUUGAAUCAGAUUACAGUCACAGAAACAAGCCUUCCCUGCAGACCAGGAUGCUUCUGCACUCGACUGCCCUUUGGCCCUUUUGUUAUGUGGCAUAGCCAGGCCUUGCAUAAUCAUAAAAGAUGGCUAAUGUAAAUUUAACUACAAUAAUCAAACUCUUGUGUCCUUUGAGUGGAACAAAUAAAAAAAAAAACUUGGUGAAAAGCCGGAUUACCAAGUAUCACAAGUCCACAAAGUCAAGCCUCACAAUGUAAUUUUGCAUUUAUUUGUACCCACAACAAAUCAUGACCAAAAUGUUAGUUUUAAUACAGUUUUACUGGGUGAGAUGUCAGUUUCAUUCAGUUAUUUUCUCAAAUUAACAUUUAUUUAAGUCUACACUUUGUCCAGGUUUAUAAACUUUGGUUUCAGUCAUUUUUUGGGAGGCAUUUUUUCUUUUUUCAAAUUUAAGAGAUCAAGAGGGACUUGGGUAAUAGCUGCUAAGGGUCAGGAUGUAGGGUGGCCAAGAGUCAAACCAGCAACAGCCAAUUCAAGGGACAUUUGGGACACCUUUUGGCCACAACAUGAUGACUAAAGUUUAAGAAAAAAUUUGUUAACUCAAGAAUUUAUCAACCAAAGUUCUUGAGAAUCUGUUUUGGUCAGUUUCAGUCUAAUAAAUCCAUAUGCAUGACAGAGAUAAUCAGUCUCCAACCGCAUUAUUAGUGUUGUUUCAGUCUGAUUAAUGUAUUUGCAUAUGUUUUUUGUCUAAUUUCUAAUUUUCAUUUUCUAAACAACAUAUGAACAUACUGAUGGUCAUUAGGGUUCAUCCUCUGGGGACCAUCGGUUGCUGUCACAGGAAGUUUCACCAUUACAUCCUGUUAAAGUCAAAACAAAUAAACUAUGUUGGUGAUUUUUAUCAGAUGGUAGAGGAGAAGUUAGAAAUUCGUCAUGAUAGGUUAGAAUCAUGAAAAUCUAUUUACAAGUCAGAAACAGCUGGGCUAAAUUGAAGUCCUCUGUUUUACUAAUUUGAACUUUGAAUUAAGUGGAGGGUUGAAGACUUUCAAUAAUCUGGAUGAAGUUUGCAGUCAGAAACUCUUAUGAUGAAUGUUAAAGGCUGUUUCAUUUCAUAUCCAGUUUUUUAAGGACUUUAAAAACCAACUUUAAUGUAUCCGUCCUGAACUGUGGGCCUCAGUAAGGCGUCUUUCCAACAACCUCAGCAGACUGAAAAGCGAUAUAAAACCUCCCGGCUGGAUAAUUUAGCAUCAUGCUAAAUGCUGAUUUCACCUUUCAAUCCUGCUAAUUCUUCAUGUUGUUUAACGAGGACAUGAGGCCUGCAGCACUGAUGAUAAAUCCAGUCUUAUUUCUCUCUGUUCCCUCUUGAAGGGUAAUAAAAUUCUCCUUGAGUCAGCAUGAGAUCACUACAAAGACAGGAAUGUGAUGCCACCAGCAUACUGAAUGCCAAGCCCAGAAACUCUACAUUUGCUGUCACCGUAAACCUUAUUACUCUGCUCGUAUCGAUCUUUUCAAUCGAGUUGUGUACAGUGAUAUCCCUGAGCCAGACAUGAGAAAAGCCUCCAUUUUCAUUAGUGUAGUGUGAUGAGCUGCUCGCUGCAAUCCAUGAUCACUCAGCUAAGCUCUUAAGAAGCUGCAAGAUCCAGGAUUGAGAGAGUGGGAUGAUACGUUUGUAGACUCUGCUCACCUGAGAAUCAUCAAGAGCACUUGGUUCCUCAUGCAUAUUAAAUCAGAUGCUUCAAUUCACCUUUUUCCCCUUGAUAAAAAUUUGAUGUUUUUGUCCGUGGACGUAUUGAACUAAAUCAUUUGGUUUGAACAGCUAUAUACGCUGGUUAGGGUCUUUUUUGCUUAAUUGGUAGAGCAGGCGCCCCACGGACAAAGGCUGUAGUACUUACCACACUAGUCACUGAUUGGUCAUUCCCAACUCUCUCCACCUAUGUUGUUUUGUCUCUCUUCAAUAAUGACUGGGCUGAAAAGAGUCCAGAGACUCUGAGUGUCUCUUAAGUAAAGAUAGAAAGGGUUUCACCUCUCUGUGAGCGACUGAGUAAACAGAUGAACUCGAUAUUUAAGAAGGUUUUAGAGGAUCUGGAAAAAUUACUAUAGGAAACAGUGACUUUUCAGCCCUCAGGAAUCACCACAUUAAAAGGAUACAUGACUCUUUGGUGGAAAUCGCUGCAUGGGCUCAAAACCUUUUCCAAAAGCCACUUUCUUUGAACACAGUUUGAAGCUGAAUGCAGGUUAAACAUGACCUAGAAAGACAGGCGACUUCUAUUGAUGGAAUGAAGUGAAGUGGAAAACUGUCCUGUGGUCUGACAAAUCAAAACCUGACAUUCGCUUUUGGCAGAGUUUCCGCCUCAUACUGAAGAUGUGGGACACAUUGCUGGGAGCUGGAGUUUAACAAGCUGCUGAGGGUGUUGGUUCUGUCCAGUUGGUAUAGCAGGCUCCCCUUGUGCAAGACUUAUAGUCCUUUCUGCACUUGUCACAGUUCUUCCUCCUGAUUAUACCACUUUUAAACUUGUCUGUUUACUUUUUCCUCUUUUCCGCCAUACUGGUAAAUCAAGGUUUAAAAAAAUGCUGAAAGAACAUGUAAAAACGAUCUCAUAUUACGCUUCUUGGAUGCUCACUAAAGGGUUAAUCAGCCAACAGCCCGAGGGGUUGGUUGUGACUGUCCUUUACCACAUCUUCCUCAUAGUUGCGGUCCUCUUUGGCCUUGUUUUUUCUAUCGUACAGUCUUGUCGGUUCAGCAGAUAACAAGAGAACCCACAGGUAUCAGAUAUAAUGUCUAAGGUCUACCCACAUCCUUCACUGUGAACAGCCUGUAGUGUGCUGGAGGAGUUGUGGUCAUUGGUAAUAACUUCUCCAGUGAAUGUCAGGAAAUGGGGGUCAUCACUGAUUCUUUGACAGAUCUUCCCUAACAAGGGUCCCUUUCUGUCUUCAGUAGAUUGUACCCAACUUAGUCAGUAAGGGGAAGAAAUGGGAGUUUUAGACCCGCAGGAAAUUUAGAAAGGAAUAAAACUGAAAAUUGACGGAGUCUGUGUUUUGGUACACUCCAGUACUGGAAACGUUUCCAAGAGGGCUAGAGGGAGAUUUGCAUUGUGUUUCUGUUUAAUGAACGAGAGGGUCCCCAAGAUCCAAAUCCUGUAGAAGAUUUAAUCCAAACACAUAAUAUCCAUAAAGAUCAAUGGAUUACUUCAAAUCUACAAAAGCUGACUGCUUUCGUCUAUGAGCCAUCACAUUACAUAAGAUCAGGGUUUGGAUCCUUCUACUAUCUCUAAGCAAUCUCAGCGUGCUCCAAGAACCGACUCUUUGGCUCUCCAGAGUAUCACUGGUUAACUUCGGUAUCAGCUGCUGAAAAACUGAUAUCGGUCAAACACCAGUCAACAGCUUCUGAUUUGGGAGGCUGAAUCGAUGAAAUUUUAUCCGUAAAAACUCUGCAGUGGUUUCUAUAAAGGAUAUCUUGUUGAAGAAUCAGCAGUUGUGACCUUCAAUCUGUGAAGGAGUCUUACCACGCCUCCGACAGUGUGAAGACCGCUGCCAUCAUUAGCUCCGCUUCACACCGUCUCCUACUGCGACCAGCCUUCCUCUCUUUCUUUUACAGUCUUUGCAGAGCUGACCUUUUACCACCAUAAAGUUCUCCAACAACGCCGGCGAGGAAAAAACUUCCCCUCUCAAUUCCCUCACCACUCUAGUGCCUCCUCUCAGUUCUUUCUUUCACUUUCUACCGCUGUCAUUUCUCUCAGGGGAAAGGUCUGCUUGGAGGGGCCGUGAAAGGAUCAGAGCCCAGUUAAAGGGCAGUUAGUGAGAUGAGAGGCUGUUUGAAUGGCAUCUCGGGUUGCCUGGGCUGAAAGCAAGGUGCCAUUAGUGUUCGGUUUCUGUGAAAGUCCAGAGAGCGGCUGUUUCGAGCACUCUUGAUGGACGAUUUAUCGCCCUCAUGGUUGUUAAAAAUGUCCUGCGUGGAGGAAGGAGAAGUGUCGGCCACAUGUACAAUUCACUCCUACAGGGUUACAAACAAAUCAUUCAUGGACCGAGUUUAUUGAAGACCUUUUACGAUUCUUGUUAAAGACCUCCGUAAUUGCCUGUUCAAGGCCAUGACUUCUUUGCACAACCUCAAGAUGCACCACUUAAACUCGUGUGAUGACCCCGCAGGGAUCACUGGGCAUGUUUUUUACCCUCUGAGUGUGUUGAGGAAACACAGACUGGUGCACUAUUGUCUUCUUGUACAAAGCAGUUUUCUCAAAGACGCCUGUGGGCCGGAGAGGGGUGUGAUGGCAAAUGUGAGCGGUUGAAGCCUGGCACAAGAAAGAAGCCUCUAACAAAGCGACAACACAGUCCCACAGAGCCAUUCUCUGCCCAUGCCCAUAACAAAGAGAGCUCUGAAACCCACUCCUGACAAACCCAUUCACCCUUCUGACCCUGGUGCUCUUUGUCUCAGUUCUUUCUGCAGUUUAUCUUUGAACAAAAGUUGAUUUUAGGACCGGUGUUUGAUUCUGCAGACUGUAAGUAACGGUUGAGCCGGUCCACUUUCAGGCCAGAAAAUGGUUUGUGGUCCACUCUUUUAAAGCCACAAGUUUAAUAGUUAAACAGCUGUGGUCUUCUACUUUUUCUUUUCCAGAGGUGGAUACACAUUGUUGCCCUUUGCCUCUGGCCAAUUGGUCACCAUAUUACAACACAAUUAACUUACGUGGCAUCGUCUGUUUCAAAUAUUAGUCAAAUUGAUGAUUUGUCAUGGGCCCUGUGACUGAAAGUUCCGGAUGUCCCAGUACAACUUUUUGACUUCCAAUACAAUACCGAUAAUGUAGCCUCAAAUGUUGACCAAUACUGAUAUUGAUCUGAUAUUUGGACUUGAACAAAAAAUACUGCCACAAGUCCAACAUCACUUCUACUCCUUGCUAAUUUAUUAGUACCUUAGUACAUACUGUUAUUGUGAUUAUGUGGGCUCAGCUUGCUGGAUCAGGGUGCUGCUAGAUAGAGGUGCCGGAGUGGAGUCUGGAAUGGACUGCUUGUAUUGAAGUGUUGAUAUCAGAGAUUAUAGAUCCAGGCUGAUAUAAUUCGAUAUUCGUUUUUUUGCUGAAAUCGGACCGAUGUCAGAUAUCAAUAUCUUAUCGGGACACCCCGACUGAAAGUUGCCUCAUUCAAGAAUAAUUUGUCAUGCAUUUAGAUUAUUUUACAUCCUGCAUUGCCAAAGCACUCAAUGGAAGUCAUGCAGCAAAGGGUCAAGGCCGGGACUGGAACCAGCAACCACAGUAAUGGGACUGUAGCCCCUGUGCGUAGAGUAAUCAGUGUGCUAUGUGACAAUUCUUGUGUCAUGUCCUAAUAGUUUUCCCGUAAAGCUAAAUUCCAGCUUGGUUUGUAUUGGUUUGUAGAGUAUGGCUACCAUUAGCAGAGCUAGCACCACCAUCCUUUUGAACUGCCUGCCAGUUUAACCAAACACAGCAAACACUGGUAUUAAACUUUCUUUUGAUUAGUAUUUCAGCCCCUGCCUUUAAUGGCUAAAGUACAUUGGUUCUUCAGUACUCUGAUUAAACAAGUCAAAGGGAAUCCAGUUUUUCUUGUUUUGUGAUCGGAAAUUUUACCAAGUUUAAUUCAGAUAUCCAACUUUGUAACAUUAUAUGACUUAAGCAUUAAAUCAGAUGAACGGGUCCCCUUUUAAUCAAACUUCUCAGGGGUCUGAUUUGUGCGAUUUCUGGUUUUAUUUUUGCUUUUUUUGGUACCAGUUACAAAUCUAUAGCUCAGUUGAUGUUUGGCACCUAACCUGCUCUUAGCAUACAAUCAGAACUUGUGAUGUAGCGGCCCAACCUGAAAGAUGGUUCUUACCUGAUGUGUUCUUGGCAGGUCACGGCAUGUGACAGAGCAACAAGGCUUGAUCGCGAUAAGGGCAGAUAUAAUAUUUCAGAGGAAGUCUAAUCUGUUUUGAGAGUACGCUCUGUUAAAAUAACCUCCUGUACACUCAAGCAAAAAGCUUUUUUGUGAGUAAUGGAGCACCGCUGAAACAUGUGUAGUUUGUUUUUUGUUGCCAGGCUACACACCCUGUGAAGAAAGUUGAACUGUGGUCAGAGUAUGACAUCAACAGCUCUGUGAACCAGGCAGGAUAAAGGGAACACUUUGUGCAGUUUAACACAUACCCAUUUGGUAUAUUUGGAAAGAUUUCCGCAUGAAAGCUGCUCCUCUUCUACCGCCGCCCUUUAGAUCUGUCCCUGCCAGCUGUUGGCUCAAAGCAGAGGGAGGGAAACCACUAAUAUUUUGGCAUUACAUAAUCAUCCCAGUGCUGGACUGUGGUGCAAAAGAAUUUCACAUGCAUCCCCAUCCCCCAGUGGAGAGUUGUCGCGGGUGAGGAUCUUGCAAAUUGUACGUCAGGGCUUGCACCUAAAAUGGGCAGCGUUUGGUAUUUUUUGGAAGUCUGACGAGGAUACAGAACAUGAAAGUAAACAGCUGUUUGACGCUGUUUAAUUCAACAGCUGCCCUCUUCAGAGAGAGAGAGAGCGAGCACUGCUUAUGAGGACAGCUGCCACACGCAGAUACACGCAGCGACAAUUUCAUAACACACAAAGAGAGGCAGCAGUCUUACUUCCUCCCUUUGUUUUUUUUUCCCCUCUUUUUGCACCGCUGCCCCCUCUGCAAAACACGCCAGCCAUGUUGGCGGCAAAGAAACACUACUCCCCGCAACUCCUUAUUGCAGCUGCAGAGAGAAAAGCAUGACGCAAUCUGACAUCCGACUGACUUUCUCUGCUUCCUUUGGUUAGUGUCUCCCAGUUCAACACAGUGGUGUGGUCUUCUGCAGGGGGGACUCUGAUGCAGAGCUCAGUGCUCUGCAGGGUGCAGCGAAAAAAAGGGGGACGGUAAAUCUAGACGAGAGUUCACAUAUCCCCCUCUCUGUGAUGAAAUGUCGCGCAGCAUUCAGCGGUGAGACAGCAAUGUCAACAGGUGGAGCAGUGUCACACAAGAAGAGCUUUGUUUAGUGUUACGCACAAGCUGUCGGGCAGGACAUGUAAUGCAACACACUUGUCGUCACCCAUCAGGCAGUUCUAGGGCUGCAUGUUUGACCUUUUAGUUGAAGUCUUCCUGCUUCUCAAAUGUGAAGAGGAUCGUUCAUUGAAGAUCUCUGAGUGUUGGACUUUUCAAUCAAAACAAUCAGUCAGAAAUGGAAAAAAAAAAGCCCCCGUAGUCUUGCACAGCCCCACCCAAAGGGCUGCAAGUGUCUGUCUGGUUUCAACACACAGCAGAGGGUCAAGUGUUCAGUCUGUCUUUGUUGGAUAUAUAUUCAGUUCGCGCAGAACUCAUAGGCUUAUGUAUACAAAGGAGGAGUGUUGGACAUCCAUUAGGGAAACACACCUUUUUCCUGACUCACUGACAAACAAACCUCAGUGGAUAACAGCAGUACUUAUCUUAUGCUCCACUUGUGCAACCCAGCCCAUCUCUCCCACCUACAAGUCUUCAUAAAAAACUGAAAAUAAAAACUCAGACAUGUGCUUUCUUUUUUACUGAGGCUCUCGCACCAAUGAUGUGUCAUACACAAAACAAAUACAGAAACCCUUUCUUAAAUAUUAACUGGUAUGACACAUACACACAAAAAAAACAAGAAAAUCAUCAGACAAAAUCCAUCACGUCCCGGCGUCUUGAGUUGGUCACAGCCAGUGUUUUUAUUGUCUGUAGAGCAGAGUCCAGACCAGAGGGAUCCACACAGUGAUGCAUCAUUGGGAAGCACUAAGUUUUGUCAUUGUGCUUGUUAUUUAUGAUACGAUAUGAUACAGCACAAUGUGAUAAGAUACGAGCUUCAUUACUCAAGAUGGGAGGUUACUACUUAGUCCAAACCCCUCUCCUUUCACAGCUUAAAAACUGGAUCAAGACAUGAUCAGUUCCUCCAUACAGGAACCAAAAGGGCAAACAGUUUUUGAGUCUGAAAUAAAUCUUUUUUUUCUUUUUCAGUUAUUAUUUAUCUAGGAUUAUUUGGUGUAGUCACUCAGUUUUACAUCUCCACAGUUUUUAGAUCUUACAUCAAUCCACGUAUUCAUCUGGAUUCACCCAUUCAUACCCAUAUUUAGUUUUUUGGUGAUAUGAGGUUGUUGAAUGAGUCACUAUUUUGCAUCAAAUGUUGCUCAAACUUCUGUUGAACAUCUCCUCUUGUUUGCCUGGGUCACACCUUUUGGAGAACAAUGUGCUUUUGUUUAUCCCUCUUAAGUGUUAUCAUUGGAAAUACAACCUUGAAUGACAUUAAAAGGAAAACCUGCUCAUAUGAAGCUGGAAAUCUCUAUUCCUCUUUCUACUUUACCUGUUUUGUAAAGGUAGAGUUUUCAUAAAGUAGAGCAUGAGGACACAUCAACUCUGAAAUAAAUUUGUCUGUGUUGUCGGGACGUCACUGGGACAUGAGUGUGAUUUCUGCCUGAGGUUUUUUUCAUGCAAAGCGCCACAUUAGCUGUCUGAGCUGACAUGAGAUCAUUUGCAUCUCUUGUUGAGCUGCUUUAGCGUUCAGCUGCCAAGGCUGGUGCUUGAUUUGAUUCUUUCUGUGUCCUCCGGCUCUUUUAAAUAAGCAAUAAUUAUAAGUGGCAUUAGAGCCAGCCAUCAGUUAAGAAGUGACUCAGUGAAGUAAUGAAGGACAUUUAUAGAGCGUCUAAAGUGACACGUAAACACAUCAUGUUGUAUUUGUCUUCGGCAGCUUUUCGACCGGGUGCGUGAGGACGACCCUGACUUCCACCAGAAGAUCAUCCCCAUCAGCAGCGAGCUGACGCAACCCGGCCUCGCCAUCAGCCCGGAGGACGUGGAGCGGCUCACCGCCUGCAUCAACAUCGUCUUCCAUUGUGCCGCCACCAUCCGCUUCGAUGAGCCGCUCAAGUAAGAAUCCUAUCAGCUCAGCCCUCCUUCCUUUACAAUGAAAAACACACCCUGUCGUUAAACGCUGUGCUGGUUUCACUUGUACUACGGUGGCUGAGAACCACCACUGAUGCAAAUAAAAAAAUGCAAAAAAAACAGCCACAACGGAAGUUAACGACAACGCAAAAAAAGUGGGGAGGCCAUGGACAGAAUUUCAACACUGUUGAUAUUUAAUCAAUCAGUAAAGUUCUUGUUAGGGCUGGGCAACAUGGGAAAAAGUUUAUCACAAUAUAUUUUUUUCAUAUCAGUCGAUAUCGAUAUAUAUCACGAUGUAAAAAUACAACUUGUCAAUCUUAAAUGUUCCCUGUUACUCUUAAAUGAAAUUUAACAGUACUUAUUGGUAACUUAUUGGUCUUUUGCAAUACAAUGAGCUACUUACUGCAUCUGUGAAGUUAACGAUGAAAAAAAAGUGGCGAUAGAAAAAAGAAAAGUUACUCACUGUUACUGGAGGAUGCCGGUGGAGUGUUAGCUUCAGUUCAGCUUCAUAUCAACUCAGGCGCCCUAUGGCCUCCCCACUUUUUCUGCAUUGUUAACUUCCGUGUGGUUUCUUUUUUUGGAUUCCUUUUUUAUUUGCAGCAGUGGCGGUUCUCGGCUACCGUACACUUGACCAAUGUUUUCAUUUUCUGCAGCCGAGUGAGCUGACUUCACCAAUUUAAAUAGGAAGUUUAAAAGUUCAUGACACAGUGUUAAAGCCAUAAAGUCACUAACCGCACAGUAGUAGUUCCUUCUUUACAACGGACACUACACUAAACACACAUGAUUUGAAUGUGAUCCACCAAGAUAAUAUUGAAUUUAGCUGUUUAAUCUCACAGAGCCUCACUGCGAUCCUAAAAAGUGAUGCUAUCCAGCUGACAUGUUCAGAUGUGAUUCAGACGUUCAGGGUUGUCACAGUUUUCUCCGUGACAUCAGCCUGUGAAAUUAUUUUAAGACUCAAACAUGUCGUCUGUCAAAACUAGCUGCAGUUUGUUCAUAACUAUGGUUUCUGUCUAUAAGACUCGAACACUCUGAUGACUCUAUAACAGUGUGGAUGUUGGACAGUGUGUCAUCACUCAUCCGCUGCAGCCGCGGGCUGCUCUGCUCUUAUUGGAUCCUGGAGCAGAGACAGUGUAUUAUAUAUAAUGGUGACCUAGUUAUUUUUCUCUCUUCUUUGGAUGAUGUGCUGGUGCGCUGCUCCAGCUGAUCAGUUUCAGUCAGGUUUUAUCAAAUAUUCAGCAUCCGUUUGCCCUAUAAGCGUUUGCUUCACUGUGUACUGGGUGCUGCUGUUAGAAAGUGGCUUGAGUUGAGUGGUUGGCACAAAUGAAGAAAAUAGCACCAGCUGUAGCCAGAAAAAGCCAAAAAAGCACCCCCCAUCCAGUGCUGGAACAGAAUUUAAACAUUUGUGUUGGUUUUUGCACCCAACAACAACAACAACAACUCCAACAGUCAGCGUGUCUGGCUUUAACCUUCGACAUUUUGACUUCACAGCGCCAAAGAAAAAAAACACAAUCAUGUAGUAGGAAGUGAAAUCGCUCAAAGUGUGGGAGCUGUUUUGCAUGCAUGCCUUUGAAACCCCUCCUGUUGUUAUGCAACCACAAGCGCAGGUUCACAUCCCCCUGGUUGAAACUAUGUUUUCCCUGAAGGAGGGCUGCAAACCCAAUAAACAGGCUUUUCACCUCCUCAUUCUCAGGAUCGCUUGACUAGAGGAUGACUUCAGUAUACAUGCUUUGGCAAAGCAAAUGUGUUUUAUCAUUAUUUUAGACAUUUAUGUCACGAGAAGAAGUCUUAAGCGGUCUGUACAAAGACAGCAUUCCAAUACUGUUGAUAUAUAAUCAAUCAAUAAAGUUCUUGUGUUGUAUUGUUUCAGACAAAUAUCAUAAAUGUGACGCUGUGAGUCAUGUGUGCUUUCAACAAGAGGGCUAACAACCUCAUUACGCAGGCAGUUUCACAACAUUCAUAUCAAAACUUUCAUUUUCAUUUUAUUUUUUUCUAAUGCAAUGACUGUAAAGGUGAAGGAUGAAGCUUAGAUCAUGCAUAAAACAAAUAUCCACUAACAUCAGAUGACUGCCAUGUAAUAAACCUGUAUAGAUGAAUCAAAUAAAAUAAAGAAAAGUAAUCAUAUAAAUAACCUUGAAAAGGUACAUACAAAAGAACAAAAUAUAUAGAAAUAAAACCAAAAAAUAGAUCAUUAAAACUCUUUCAUCAUAACAUGCUUUUGUAUAGCUUCCAAAUUCUCCACUUAAACUGAAAAAUGUUUCUGCAGCCCUUUUCUUCUGCUGUCAAAAAACUAACAUACAUGCAUGAAGUACAGAUUGAAUCCAAACAGAAACUAAACCUCCAAGAACAAGAAAAGCAGAAUGUGUGUACGUAAAUAUUCAGAAAUGCAGCUCCCCUGACCUGUAAAACAAGCACAAGGUGUCAUGCAAACUACAUGACGGUAAGGACAUACUGUAGCUUUUUCACAGACCGGUAUGUUUGCUCAGUGUUUACUGUCUCGUUUGAUUGAAUGCAUGCAGUGUGGAGGCAGAUGAGUCAUGUUUAAAGUGCUGCUGGAUGUCUCCUCAGGUUAACUGGAGGUGUGUGUUUGGAGGUGGGGACACCUGUUAGGGUUUUGAGUGACAGCUCAGUCAGGAUAAAGAUGCUUCAUGCAGCUUAAUAUUGAUCUGUUCAGCCUUCACAUCUCUCUCAGUGCUGCUGACUCGCUGUCCUCUCUGUCUCCGCUCCAUCUCUGAUUGGCCCUCACCUCCACCAUGUUCUCAUGUUCUCUCUCUCUCUUUCUCCCACCUCCUCAUCUUCGUCAGCUCUCAUCGUUGUUACUCUUGCGUAGCAGCCUGCAGCCUUGUAAGCAGAGCCGAGGCAUAAAUCAGACAACUCCUCUGUGUUUGAGGUUUGAGACUCAGCAGAGCUUUUAGCUCUGACACCUCUGCUGCGUUUAUCCCCUCCAUGGUGUUACACACACACACACUUAGAGGACCAUUCCUGUUCAAGAAAACGUGGCUGUUCUUCUGGUUUUUCAUCAUCUCUAUCUCUGAUCCUAACAGUGUUCUCAGAACACAAAAACAGGACUGAGUGGCUUUUUUUACAACCUCUGGGCUGUUCAAACUGAAAUCAGACUCGCAGUAUGGGGACUGUGCUUUUAAGGUUGCUAUUAGCAACUGUUGUAGACAAGUUCAGUGUUUCAAAAUCCCAGUAAAGACAUGAAAUAAUGACUUCUGCAGAAAAGAUAGGACAAAGAUUUUAAAGUUAGAUCUCAUUUGGAUUCAUGGUUUGGAAACUCACAUCCUGCUUCAUACUUUAAAAACUAGUUAUGCAAGAUUUGGUAGAAAUGAACUGAGUGAACUCUUCGUAAAUCAGACAAGGAUGGUUUGCACUAAAAGUGUCAAAUUUUAUGAAAAAUAUGCUGGCUAUGGAUGCACUGUUUCGCUGUCUCAUCUUUUUGAACAACACUCUGUAAACAUUUGGGAACCAAGGCAGCUGAUGUCUGGCAUUUUGAAAGUGAAAUGAUAAAAGACUUCAGCUGCUCAGAGUUGUGGGGUUUCCUUUUGAAAAAUGUUGUUUAAUUUUCCUGCCAAAUGUUUUCCAGAGGGGACAUGUCAGGGCUGCAGGCAGACCAGUUUAGCACCAGGAUUUUAAACCGCUGUAAUGUAGUUCGACAUCUUUUCUCUGUAUGAUGCAAGGUCUUCUCUGACUAGAUGGCAGCACUUAUUCUCAAAAGAGGCAGAUAUUGAUCAGCAUUGCUAUAGCAAUUCUCCAAAUGACUAAGCUGCCAAUGCUACGAGCACUUAUACAUCCCCAUACCUUCAUCACUAAAGCUGGUUUUUGAUCUGUGUGCUGAUAACAAGCCCUCUCCUCUUUAGAUUAGAGCAUUCAGUGUUCAUGAUUCUCAAAACAAAGUUCUAAUCUGCAGUUUCAGAUACAGCAGUAAACUCUGUCAACAGACCAGUGGGUUUUGAUGGUUAUUUUUUUGCCUAUGCGGUGGUUUCCACUCCAGAGUCAUAUCUGAUUUUGAUGCAAAGUCUGAAGAUCAUGGCCACCCAGUGUUGAUUUUUGGUCUUAUCCCCUUUGUACAUGGAUGUCUCCUGAGUAUUUGAAAUGUUUAUUGAUACUGUAGGUGAUGAAAUCUUUGCAUAUGUAUACUGAGGAACCUCGCUCUGAAAUCUGAUUGGAAGAUGAUGCAUCAGGUCUUUAAAAAAAGCCAGUUCAUAGAGAUAUGAACAUGCUUUACUAUGAACUAUCAGGUGCAGUUGCUACUCUAUAUUCACAAGAAAACUUUUAACAUUAAUUUAUUAGAAUGUUUAUUGUGUAAUACCAGCCGUCCUUGUCCUUGUACGGAUCUUUAGUUUAAUAUCCAAAACAUGAGAUAAAAUUAAAAUGACAAUGAGUCUGAUUCAGGAAGAGGCUCAGUGAUGGGUCCAUCUUUUGCUUCCUGUCCUGUUAAAUAAAUCUGUGCACACUGUCCCAGACGGCUACACACACCCACAGUGACAAAGUCAUACACACACCUGGUGAGCACCACCCACACAGAGCGGGAGCAGCUCCCUCUUUAUCUCUCCGUGUCUGAUCAAACUGACCCUCUGUUUCUCUCCCCCCGUGGCCCCGGGCUCAUCACGCUCUGUAAGCUGCUGCUCUCUGCGCCCGAGCCAACUCACAUCCACUGCUGGAGGCGGGUUCACACAGGGGUGGAGAGAGAAUCAGAUGGGAUGGUAUGGGUUAGUACAGCAGGUCAGAGUUGCACAAUGAUGAACAACAUUUUUUUUUUCCCUCAAUUAUUUUAUUGAAGGAGUCCCCAUCAACAACCAUGUGAAGAAAAUGUUUUGGUAACACUUUAUUUGACGCCUAUCUCUAUAAUCAUGUUAUAGCACUGUAUAACUUUAGUUUUAAACACUCAUAAAUGAUCAUAAUGCUUUAUAGCAAUAAUCACAACACAUUAUAAAGCAUUUUACCAUGAUUUACAAGGUCAGGUCUCAUAAUAUGUUAUGCUUAUUGUUAUAAAGGCUUAUGAUCAUUAAUGAAUGUUUAUAAUGAUAGUUAUACAGGUUUAUAAGCAAAUUAUAACACAUCAUAAAUAUAUGUAUAAUGCAUUAUCUAUCUAGGCAUUAUCAGUGAGUUGUUAACAGUUAUAACACAUGAUAAUGCCUGAUCUUGUCAUGAUAAAAUGCUUUAUAAUGUGUUAUGAUUAUUGCGAUAAAGCAUUACAAUCAUUUAUGGGUGUUUAUAACUAUAGUUAUACAGUGCUAUAACGUGAUUAUAACACAUUAUUCAUAUAUUUAUCAUGCGUUAUAGAGAGAGGCAUCAAAUAAAGUGUCACCAACUUUUUUUUCCUAGAAGAAUUCAUCAUGUUUUUAGUCUGGUAAGAAGAUAAAAAGUCUCUCUAGUCUCUACCAUAACUUGUUCUCACUGUUCUUUGGGAGAAUUUUCUUUUUAGUAAUUCAUGUCUUUUGGAGAUAGUUGGACUAAGAGUUCUUCAUAGAUUUGCUCAUUGAGCGGCUUGGCUGAUAUAACUGACAGGUAUGUAGCUGUCUGACAGAAGGACUAAGAAUUUCUCUGUUUCGAUGUUGACCAAAAGUGAGGAUGAGUCAUUUUUUUCACCACUGAUGAUGUGGAAAUCCAUAAGUGGCAUCUGAAAUAAGACUGAGUCAUUUUAGAUUACAUAUCAUCGGACUCAGGGAUGAUGGUCGGACAAAUUAGAUUUCUGUGGGCAUCAGUUCAGCUCUGAAAAUGUCAUUCUUACACAAAGUGAUUUAUUGGUUAUGAGAAAUGUUGAUGUACGUCUCGGCUCUAUUAGGACUCCGGAGUAUUUUUCCGUUUUUGACCAUUUCUUUCAAGAUCAUCUGAUCCGCUCUUGUUUUUCCUCAUCUCUUUAAGUAAUCCGAACUGCCAUUUGCUGAUGCAAUUUACGGGGAAAUUAGAAACACUCGGUUUAAUGCAAAGGCGGCAGAGCUGCAGAGACAGUGAACCAAACCGGUCAGAGUCAUAAAUCUAUCAUGGACAGCUUGACAGUUUGAAGAACAUACGGUUAAUUGUGCAGCCACGGAAGUGUUUGCUGAAGUGCUCAUGGCUGGAUGAGCGGUCAGAGGAGCUGAAAAUAAUGAUGAGGCCAUCACAUCCACGAGAAGAGCAGAUGUUUGCUCUUUUCUCGUUCCCUCCCUUUUUCUUCUUUCCCUGUUUGGUCUCAUGUCUGCUUCGACUUAUUAUCAUGUUGCUCAAAUUCCUGCUCGCCUGCAAAUUCCUGUUUGAAAGACGCACUCAGCAAACAACUGUUCUCACAUGCAAAUUCUCAAACAGAGAUAUGAGCAGCCUCAAAGCCCUUCUCCCUGCACACACGUUUAAUCUGAGGCACAAACACGCACACUCUGAGACUCUUCCCACACUCACACAGUUUGACUCUGUAUCUCCCUUUUCUCUCUCCUCUCCUGCAGACACGCCCUGCAGCUGAAUGUGAUCGCCACGCAGCAGCUCCUCGGCCUGGCCCAGCAGAUGCACCACCUUGAGGCCUUCAUUCACAUCUCCACCGCCUAUGCAAACUGCAACCGCAAGCACAUCGAUGAGGUCAUCUACCCGCCACCCGUCGAGCCCAAGAAACUCAUCGAGUCUCUCGAGUGAGUGGGUGAAGGACGGGUUACUGUGAACUUGAGGACAUGGGAUCAAUUUUAGCUAGUUGUGAAAAGUGACUCUUUUAAAAACUGAAUAAGUACUGCAGAAACAUACGAAGAGUUUACAAGAGCCUAACAGUCUCUAUUUUUACCCAGUCUUGUUGUUAGAGACUGUUUCCAGCUGCGUAUUAUUUCACAUUUGGAGCUCUUGUGUAGUUACAGCUGCAGCACAGUGUACAAAAGGUUGGGUCAAAAGCUUGAGUGUAUUGAUAAAACACAAUGAUCAUGUCAUGCAGUGAAACAGUUUGGAUUAUUAAUGUGUUUAUAGAAGUUUUGGACAACAUCAGUGGAAGUUAGAUGACAGGCUUUGUCACACAUGCAACUCUUUAAGAGCCACUCAGAUGAAAAUCAUGUUUUUCUUGUUGUCUACAUGUUCAUAUCCAAGCUCCACCCCUGAAGCCCCGCUAUGCCAGGCUCAGAGAAAUAGAGAGGAUGAUCGCAGAACAAGCGCGUGCGUUAGCGGAUUGCAAUGCUCGUAAGAAAGUUAAUUAUGAUAUUAACUUUCAUCAUGCCCCUAAAGACAAUGGUGACAAUAGUGAGGGCUGAAUAGCUCCAAUAUUACCUAUUUCUUCUACUACACUGGCAAUGCUAGGCUGCAAGCUAACUUGAGGACAAGUGUGCAGAGCAGCGCUGUCUCCGCCCACUCAGAGGCGAAUUGCUAAUGAGCUACUGGAGCUCUGCAGAAGAAAAGUUCUUGAAAAUGACACAGAUAAUGCGAUUUUUGCUAAAAACUUCAUUAUCACAGUUUAAAAACCACCAAGAGCACUUUAAGUAGUAAGAAUUAAACAAUCGGAGUGGGACUUUUUUUAUUGUUGGUUAAACUGAGUGUAUUAGAGAAAAUCAUUAGAAAUUUUGCAUGUUUAGAAGAAAACCUAGUUUUACCACAUGAAAAAAUCCUUCACAACACAGUGAAACCACCACGAUGAAUGAAAACAAUAGAGGAAAAUAACAGCAAUAAGUCUGAAUUCUGACUUUAUUUAUAAUAUUUAAACUUUAUUUUUAUGAAUACGUUUCAAAAUACUUGUAAAGAUUGAAAUAAAAGAAAAGAACUGGAACGGAAAGGCACAGAUGGAAAAAUAUACAUACAAAUAUAUUUAUUGUUACACAGGGAGAGAAGAAUCAUAGUAACAAUGCGUACAUUUCAAGAGGUAGGUCCAAGGUUUAGAGAUAUUUCAUUCAUUUUUGUUCCAAUUGUUCAUAGUUCGUCCUUCAUAUCAAAACAGGAUGGAAACAUCCCCACCCUUGUGCCCAACACCUAGAGAGCAUAUCAAAUAGGACAGUAGGGGGUGCUGUCCGUAAGCAUAAAAGACAAUAAUGAAAAAAAAUGAAACAGAACACAUUAUUAGUGUCAUUAGCUGCCUCUUGGAGUGAUAAAAUGACAUUUAUUCAAGAUGGGUUAUCCAUUUCCUCCAUAGCCUGGUGAAUUUGUCCAUGUACAGGUUCAAGGAAAAGGUCAGUUUUUUCAUGCCAUAUAUUUCUUUCACGAUUGCAAUCCACUCCUCUUUAGUUGGGGGCUUUUUUGAUAGCCAUCUUCCUCAAUUCUGACUUUAAAUGUCAUAUUCUGUAUUUGAAAUGAGAAUUCUGACUUAAAUCUCAGAGUAUUGAGGAAUAAAAGUUUAAUAAAAAUUAAGAUUUCUAAGUUUAAAGUCUGAAUUCUGAGAAAGAAAUUAUAGAUUAAAAAAGAUUCACCUUUGUUAUCUUUUAGUUGCAUUUACUCUCUCAAGCACUGAGGUGAUAAUUGAAGAAAAUCAUCCUGCACAGAUUUACACACAGGACCAUUCCCUCAGUACGCCAGUGCAUCAAAGAUCAUCAUGAAGUCCAACAAAAGAAGUCCCACAGGUCUUGUCAUUCAUUCUCUCUCACACUGACCUGUCUGUGCCUGUCCUCAGGUGGAUGGACGACGGCAUCGUGCGUGACAUCACACCACGUCUCAUCGGGGACCGACCCAACACGUACACCUACACCAAAGCUCUGGCCGAGUACGUGGUGCAGCAGGAGCAGGACAAGCUCAACAUCGCCAUCAUUAGACCCUCCAUAGUCGGCGCCAGCUGGCAGGAACCGUUCCCUGUGAGUUACCGGGAUGUUUCUAACAGGUUUUACUGAAAUCUUCAUGUCUGCCUGCUCGGAUUAUCCUCAUGUGGAAUCAUAACAAACAAGUUUAGAUCACUUUUUUUACUUAAUUAAACACUCUUUAUGUGUCCACCUGUGACAGUCAACCAAAGAGCUAUAAGAUAUUGAUGGAUAUAAUCCUGCAGAGGUCAGUAUCACUCCUCUGUGAAUUUAAUCUUAAUUGGCGCCGGAUUAGAGUAAAGUGGUUAAUAUCUUGGCUGGAGAGAUGCGGGAUUGCUCUGAGCCUUCAAACAGCAGCUGGGACGGGUCAGUUUGGGAUGGAGGGGAGGACAGAAAUGGGACGCAGAGAGCAGAUUUACACUGACACUCUGAAUGUCACAUCAGAGGGUGAGGAGAGCAGAGAAGUUCAUGUAGAGGCUGCUCUGACAUUUUACUACAGCCAGGAUUAAGCUGCUUUCAGCCGGGCUGCUGGUGUAAUAUUUAGGCUUCACAUAACCGUAGACUCGAAUCAUUCUGCGCUCACUGCAACAAGCAAAGGAAACAUUAUAAUAUGAGCCACUUUUGACUGUGGCUUCUUAUAUAAAAUGGAUUUUUUGUGAUGCUGGAGAGUGAGAAUUUUCAAUAGAGCUGAAUACAAAGGAGAGUUGACCCUCUUGACUGCAGGUUUUUUCACAUUCGACUGAAAAGUAAACUUUAUGCCAAACGUUCACUGUGUUUCUAACCUGACUAAAGAUCCAAAUACAAGCCUUUUUUUGCUGUUUUGUGCAUCAGUUGUUUUAAAUUUAACUUUUCACCGUGUCAUUAAAUUCAAAUGAUUUGAUGGUACUUGUUAAUUGUAGGAGUAUGACCCACAGGAGAAGCUCUUGAGCUCAGCCCCCUCGUUUAGAUACUGGCCAAAGAAUUAGCAUGAAAGCUAGUCUCACCAACCACUGCAAACUGGGUCAACUCUAUCAUAUAAUUCAACCAACGCAAGAGAGUCCAACCCAAACAUUAAUGUUGGUCUAUUAUUUAGUUAACUUGACUUUGUCUAGUGCACAACUACGACUGAGCAUUAGGGCCACAUUAAGAUUGAAAAAAAAAUUAAGACUUUGUCAUUAUUUACAAGAAUAAAGUCAAAAUAAAAUCAUUCACUUGUGAGAAUAAAGUUGUAAUAAAAUCAUUAUUUACGAUGAUAAAGUCGUAGCUAAUAGCUAUUCUAACCUGUUGUUAGUUGUUUAAAUGAGCGCUGAGGAGCAUUUAGAUGAAUUGAACUUCAGUAGCUAAAGGUUUCACAAACAAGGAGAUACUAAAUCCUUUGGCGUUUUAGCAUCACAUUGUCAUAAGUAUCAGGACAUAUGCAAGAAAUGCAUCUUUUCCGCAGAAAGAACCAGGCGGACUUGUAGGGAAUCACUGUUUAUGAGGAGGGGGAAAUGGCUGUAAAUGGCUGUGCAGAGGCUAAAUCCCUCAAUGCAGCCAUUAAUAGCAAUAGCAUACAGCUUUAGUUUAUCGUAUGAAUCUAUAUGCCAUAAGGUGUUGGUGCCUCUGCAGGUGUAGGUUGCUGCUGGUGUUGUGCCAACAUCAGAGACAGACGUGGUGCUCCUCGGAGCUCGGCUCCCUCUGAAUCGCUAAUGUUGAUCAUCAGUUGGAUUGUUUCUUGAGAAACCACAAAAGCCCUCUGACUAACCCACUGAUGCACCCACAGAUAACUCUGCAGUUGACCAGUUCCAGCCAUUUUCUCCUCCACAAAAGCAGCUUUAAGAUUUCAUUUACUUUACGACUUUAUUCUCGUAAGUAAUGAUUUUAUUACGACUUGAUUCUCGUAAGUAAUUCCGAGGUCGUAAUAUUUUUUUUCUUAAUGUGGCCCUAAUGCUCUGUUGUACGCAACUAAUCAUUAUGAUGGAAUCACCCUUUUUAGUAUGGUUGAAUUUUUGUCUAUUUUUGCCCCUUUCUUAUAUGCCACUCCUUAUUCUCUUUUGCCCAUGUCCUGCUCUUACCACUCUUCUAUCAUUUAUAGGUAAAAGCAAAAAGCUCAAAAAUAUAAUUUUAAAAUAUCUGGAGUAUUCCUUUAAGGCUCUGGAGAAAGUUAAAGAUUUUCUCAUCAAAUCUGUGUUUUCCAGAUGCACUUUUGUUUGAUACUUCUGUACCUAAUUCAUUCAGUUCUCAGACUGCCAAACGUAAACAGAUACAAGAAAUAAAUCAUGAACCGGAGAACAAUUCAGGUUCAUCAGACAAAACAAAAACACAUCUAGAUGUCCGAGGUUGAAUUUUGGUUGAUUCUGCCAUUAUCAUCUUUAUUCCGUUAAUUUUACUCCUCUGAAUGUUGGUGAACCUUCUUGUGAAUAACGGCCCGUUCCCCAGAGAUCAACAAAUAUUCUUGCAUACCAUUAGACAAACACAGGAAAGUGCUUGUUUGUGUGGCGUCAGGAAAUGUAGGCCUUGUUUGUGCGCGCCACGACUCAGUCUGACGGCGGCUCCUGGCUCCGUACUCGGCCUGGCUGCGACUCUGCAAACGGCCUCGCUCACGCUUGGCCAUGCAAUCGCUCUGGCAGCUCGUGCCAGUAGGCGCUGUGAGGCGAGAGGUUGGGUAGGGGGAGGAAUGGGACUGCCUGCUUAUAUGCUUGUGUUUAUGCCUUUAUAACAACAAUAUGCAUCCAGGCCGGCUAGAUAUGAACUUCAUAUCCUGAGAAAUCCAAUUAUGUGAUGUAAAAUAUCAAUUCACAGAUUGAUCUAUGUGUCAUUUCCCCAGACAGACUGUGCUGCUAAAACCACCUCUGGCCUGUUUGUUUCAUUCUGUCUGCACCGGAGCGUUUUAUUAUUAGACUCUGGACAAGACCUCAUUAUGGCUCUCUGCAGUCCCACACAUAGGCAGCUGCAGCAGUCUAUAACCAGUGCUUUCAUCCAUUUUUAAUGGACUCUAAUUGAAGUCGACAAUCACUGCGACCCGGCCUCUUCUGUUCUCCCACCACAGAAAGUAACACGACCCUGAGCGGCUGAGUCAGAGCUAAUAAACACACACGACCGCUUACGUGUUUGGAUCUAUAACUUAAUGUCGCAUCUGCCGCGUCUCUGUGGAUUAACUCACGGUCUGUACUCUCGCACCUCAGGGCUGGAUCGACAACUUCAAUGGGCCGAGUGGAGUCUUUAUAGCUGUAAGUCGAGAUGCUGGCCUUCAAAAUAAAAGCUCUAAAAGGAUGAGAAAAGGUUGAAGAUAUCUAACAUGGGGCUUGUUGUGUGAACAGGCCGGAAAGGGUAUCCUGCGCACAAUGAAAGCGAACAACGACGCUGUGGCUGAUCUGAUUCCUGUGGAUGUGGUCAUUAACCUCACUCUAGCUGCAGGCUGGUACACUGCUGUACAUAGGUAAGUGCAACAAGAACACAUUUACCAAACCUGGCAGCUUCAAACCUGGGUUUCUCCCCUAAAAAAAUGUUUAAACAUAUUCAAGUCUUUCAUUAAACGGUAUGACAGAUGGUCUGUGUCCUUAUUUAGCUCCAGUGGAGGGAAUACAGGGAAUUUUGUACCAAAUAGGCCUUAAAGUUGGAGGAUUUCAACCCCUGCUUUUUAUUCAUUUCAGAUAAAUUUCUAUUUAUGCCAAAGAAAAGUGGAUUUCUUCCAAACUGGCGGCCUACCAGAGGUUAUUUUAACUUUGCAAAAAAAAAACAGAAAUCCACCCACAAACAAUCAGACAGACCAAAAAAAGUAGUAUUUAUGCAAUGAGCAGCAUAAAACAAAAGGCCAGUAAGAUCACAAAGCUUUUUACUCGCUGAUAAGCACCUUACUGUUUGUUUAAAGACUGAAAAAUGAAAACCUCUUCUUUUAAAGUUGCAGAUAGGUGGCAAGGGUCUGCAACGUCCUCCACUUUAUUUGAAAAUCUGAUUGGCCAACCCAGAAUUCUGAACAGUGAUCAACUAUCUUUAUCAGCCGAGUGUUUUCUUUUUUUUUUUUUUUUAUUAAAAUGGACUUCUCAGGCUGUACUGCAAAAGGUAGCUCAUAGCUUUUUUUGUAUUUCAGUGGAGCAACAUCUACCAUUUUAAAGUACUUUAAAUUAUUACUAUGGAUACGACUUUGGUUUAUUUUUUCAAGGUCCGUUCUACUUACAAAAGCAAACAAGACCAUCAGCAACAAAUUGUUAUUUUCAUGCUCAAAACUGUUUCUGUACGGCAGUAACAGCUUUUUAUAUAUAUAUAUAUUUUUAUAUGUUUCACUUAAAAUACUCAAAGUGAGUUCUACAUUGGAGUAUUAAAGGGAGGGAGGAUGGUCUUUUUGUCCAUAAAUGUACAGGACAAAAUCAGCAACUUUAUUUAAAGCGCUGCUUUGUUCACAGGGGGCGCCAAAACCUUACAGGAGUUUAACUCUCGAUUCAGCUGAAGAUGUAAAAGGAGGAGCUGUAGAUUAACUGUGAUGAUUACAUCAAACAAAUGCUGUAACAGACAAAAUAUAAACAGGAAGAAAGAGUCACAAAACUAACUGGACAGAAGUUAGAACAAUAAAAAAGGUCCUGUUGGUGUCCAGGCAUGAGCCGGGUUUUGUAAAAAGUCACAUCAGUUUAGUUGUUUCCCUCAGAAAUGGAUCAUAUUGUCAUGCUUCAGAUAAUAAGAGGGAAGAAGCUGAGCUGUGCUUGAACAUAGACGAUAACUGAGGCAUAGACUAAUGAAGGUGGUGUUUAGGUCCUUUUUUACUAAUGUAAUGAUGCAACAUUGCCAGAUGUCAUAAGAUUGUAUCAGUGUUCAUGUCACUGACAACCUGUACUUAUUUUCAGAAGGAAAACAGACAGAGAGCAAAAUAAAAGUUAAGUAUUUCAGAGGUUAAUCCCUCAGUUUCUCAGCCUGUAUGUAUGUUCAGUAUCCUGUUAGCACUCUUGUAAAGGUCUGCAUGUGGUGUUUGCACUGGUCUUAAAUCGGGUCUGAAUGUAUCAUCAGCUUUUUUAGCACCAUAGUCUCAUAGUUUAGAUAGUACAGAGUGGUGUGCUUCAUUGGUCUCAUUAUGACUUUUGUCUCUCACCCCCUGCAGACCGAAAACAGCGCUGGUGUACAACUGCACGACCGGCGGCAUCAACCCGUUCCACUGGGGAGAAAUCGGUAAGUACACAGUUUGUUGUUUUGCUCAAAGUAAGCAGGAACCUGUAACCGCAGGUGAAUAUUUAUAGAGAGGCUUUUGUCUGCGCCUGCUGGCCUCCCACAUUGUUGUCCCGGUUUACGUUCAUCAUCACGAAUCAGUGCUCCAGCGUUAUGACAUAAUGUCCCUGUGAUGUAGUUAGGUUGUGUUGUUUGUGGAGAGCUGUUGUGGGGGAUGUGUGCCACCUGCUGGAAAGAGACAAGAGCUGAGUUUGAGUUUCUGUGGGGGUAUACAAGUUCAUUUCCCUACUACAAUAAAGAACUCGUAUAUAGAAACGAUAAAACUAAAAAUAUUGAAAGGUUUAGGCAAACAUACAGCAUAUGUCUGAAAGCAGCUUCCCGGUUGUAGCAUUUCCCUGAAUGCAUCCUUUUCCUCUUUACUUUUACCCACAACUCACAAAUAUUACAAAACAAAAGUUUCAGUAGUUUCAAUGCAACACUGAAAUAUUCCUUUUAGUAUUAGAAAAUGCAAGAGAACUAGUGUGAAUAACUUCUGUCUUUCACGUUAAGAGUAUCUCCAUGUUUACAUGAUGGAUUGUGAAAUAAUUUGGCAAAUGCUUUAGUUUCUUCUUCCCCAGAGGAUAAAUCCUACUGACUUUGGUGUCCCUGCAACUCAUCACAUAGUACAAGAAGCAAGUUGAAGUUUUUCAUGUAGCGUGUGAUACAUCUUAACAACAACUGGAUAGAUUAGCAUCAAAUUUUGUUUACAAUUCAUGGUGCCCUGAAGAUGAAUCCCACCGACUUUGGUCACCCCUGAGCCUUUCGUAUUUUAACAGUGGGUUGACUUUGAUGUAAGAAUUUAAAUUGGUUGAUUUGACAACCAUGCAGCUCAUUGUAACUGCUCGCUUAAAAGCUCAAGGCCCCCUCUGCAUCUUUUUGACUUAGCUGGUAUAUUAUAUAUAUAUAUAUAUAUAUAUAUAUAUUUGGUAGGAUGGUAGGGAAAGGUCCCGCCUCCUUCUCCCUAAUUGGCUAGAAGUGCUGGGCUACCAUAGGUUAUUCCUUAUGGCUGUGAAACGUCGUCAUCUGUCGGGUUAGGAUUAGGAGACUCAGAAUUGCGAUAUUGUUCUGCAAUGUUCUGUUCAAUGUACAGAGCCAAAAGCCCGCGCUCAACUGCAGCGUGUGAUGACGUUUCACAGCCAUAAGGAAUAACUAAUCGGAGCCCAGCUUUUCUAACUCACACUUUAGAGAGCAAUGGAUGAGAUUGUAGAGACUUUAUCCAUGUUUAAAAUAUACCCUCAAAGGAGCUAUUUUGGCCAUAGAUGCUAAAGGCUAAUAGAGAAAUUAUAAUAAAAAAUUUUGCUCAAUGAAAAAGGCACUAAGCAAAGUUUUACUGGCUAAAAGAGAGAGUCUGAGAACUUUAAGAUCUUGAAUUUAUUGACAGCUUUCACUUCACAAAAACAUAAAUACAAAAAAGAUAAGUGUUUUUUUUUUCACGUCAUGAAAGCAGUGAUAAAAGUUCACACAAAGAGUGAAAACUGUCUUUGUUUCCAUCCCGGCUGUCAUUAGAGACAGUGGGUUUAGACGGUCUGUACAUGUCAGGAUGGCAGGAGACCCUCUCCAUUCCCCUGUUUCCUCUCAUAUUAGCAACAUCCUCCCUUUCACUGACUAAAUUACUACCAGAUGGCUUCUGGCGGGAUUAGGUCUCAUCACUGAAACUCACUGUUAUGAAAGCUGAACCGUGCACUUUAAUCUCACCAGCACAAAUGAGAAAGCAGAAAUGAAGCUAAUCUGAAGCCCAAAGAAAAUAUAAUCUGAGCCUCCAGGAGGAAAUGAAGCUUAGAGGUGAUCCUACAAAUCAGUCUACGAGGGGUCGGACCACAGCCGGCUGUCACUUCAGAUCUGGUCGUCUCAGGGUCCCUGCAAACUGCCAUAUAUCUGUUUCCAUGGAAACAGACCAGUGCAAGGCCUAGUUUGUGGGCUGUGUGAUGUAAUGUCUGUAGUCACAUGGCCACUCUCUAGAUCCUGUAUGGCUGCUGCCUUUCAGAGGAGGAGGAGGAGGAGGAAGGGCCGGAUCUGCUGGCCGGCAGGGGAAGUCACUGUACGGCUUUUUCUUUUUUUCCUUUUGAUUCGCCUGAUAUUACCCCGAUGGCCAGGGCUGGAAAUCAUGCUGUGAUUAAGGCUCGACACAUUUCCUGGAAGUCCUGAUCCCUGUACAGAAAUAGUAAUCUGUUUUCACUGUUCCUGGUUUGUAGUUUGUGAUAACAUGAGCUAUUUUAGAUCGCUUUAGAGGGCUUCAUUAUUUAACAUUACAUCAGAUGAUCCACACUUCUUCAGUUUAGGGCAAAAAAAAUUUCUCAGAAAUUUUCCUGUAACAGUAAGUGACAGAGAAUAAAUCUAUACUUGUACAGAACUGAAGAAGCUUCUUGGAUAAGCCGUGAAACGUCUUCUCAACUCUACACAGUCCAGUUGCUGGAUUUUGGAGACCUGGAUGAAUGAGAAUCUACAUGGACGGAAUAAAGUUAUAUUUUAUCACCUGUUAGCUUUGAAGAACCAUGAAAAUAUAUCUCAGGGCUCGACAGUGCAACUGUUUUACUCACAUUUGCGACUAAAAAUCAAUGUGUGCAAAUCAUUUCUCUCUCUCUAAAAUAAUAGAUCAAUCUGUUUUGCUAAUCUGGGGUUCACAUGACUUUAGAUUGAUAUUAACGGCUGACCAGUCAUUGGCAGAAAAAAGAAAAGAAAAGAAAUGCAGAACAGUGCAGAAGUCGAGUAAAAGAGACAUCCACCAAAUUAAAGAAAUGAGGCACAAAGCAUCAACAAAUUGCAACAUGGUAUGGAUGAGCUAUGUAAAAGAGACAUCCACAAAAGUGAAGAAAACAUACACAAAUUGUAACACAAUGGAUGUUGAGUGACAAAAUGACAACCAAAAAGUUAAAGGGGAAAGGGCCCUUUGCAGGUGCUGCUGUUAUUUUCUGCGUCUGUUGCAUUAAAAUUCAAAAAGCCUGACUCCAACUACUUGCAACAGGGCUAAAUGUUUAAUUUUGAUUUUGUGGUCUUAUAAAAAGUGGCCAGUCAGAUCUUAAGUGGGGCAUGAGCCACCCUGUCCAUCCCUCGGAUCUGCCCCUGCAGCCCAGCUAAAUUAACCAAGCCAAUCCAGGUCAUUGCACACACCACUACAUAAACUGCAUAUUUUGCUCUUGCCUGAAUGUUAUGGAGAAAUGUAAUUUCUAGCGACUUAUGAGAGGAAAUAAAUUAUUGACUUGAGGAAAUGAUUGAAUAUAUUUGUACCAGCAAUAUAAUAUUUGAUUAUGUUGUUGGUUAGCAGAGUCUUGCAGUGCUUCAGCUCUGGGGCUGAAUUGUGGAAAAAAUGAGUUUUUGGCUCAACGUUUAAAUCCUUUCUUUGUCUUAACCUUUGACCUUAACCUUAAACAGUGAAUUACUUAUCACUUAUGAGACUUUUUACCUGUGCUUUUUUGCAGAGCACCAUGUGAUGUCAUCCUUCAAGAGAAAUCCUCUGGAGCAGGCUUUCCGCAGACCCAACGCCAACAUCACCUCCAACUACCUGAUCAACCAGUACUGGAUCCUGGUCAGCCACAAGUUCCCCGCCCUCAUCUACGACCUCUUCCUGCGUCUCUCAGGACAAAAGCCACAGUAAGAAUCACAGCGAUGUGUCAUUCAGGACAAGAACGGUCAGACUAGGUGUGUGGACACCUCUGAAUCCCUCUCUGCCUCUUUGCAGGAUGAUGCGUAUCUUCAACCGCCUGCACAAGGCCAUCAGUCUGCUGGAGUACUUCAGCAGUCAGGACUGGGAGUGGAGCUCUGAGAACCUGAACAUGUUGAUGAGCCAGUUAACUCCAGAGGACAGGAAGGUAACUUUAUCCAUACACAGGCCACACAGACUCUUAAAAAUGUUGAUGAAAAAAACAUCCAUCAUGAAGAACAGUCUGAAAAAGUUGAAAUACUUUUGAUUAAUCUUGUUUUAUCAGCUGUUGGGAACGUAUGGAUUGUAAUAAACUCAAAAAACUGGAAUUUAAAUUUGACCAAUUAUACUCAUCUCAAAUCUUAAACAAUUUUGUCUGUGGAAUCAUAAAUGUCCUCUCUUGCGCUUUCUAUCAAUAAAAGGUAUCUCUGAUUAUAUCAGUCUGCAUCAUAACCAGCUGUAGAAGUUAUUAUUAUUCUUAUAUAAAACUAGGUUGUUACUAACAUUGUGUUGUCAAGAGGCCACUGCAAUUGCAAAUAUUCCAUCUGCUCACUGGAACUGCUUCAUCUCAAUAAAACAGGAGGGUCUUCAGCUCCAUCUUGUGACUGAGACUGGAAUUUCACACUGAGGUUAACUAAGUGGCUCAUUCGUCUUUCUCCAAACCCCUCUCUCUUCUCCUUUUCAGACUUUUAACUUUGACGUGCGCCAGCUGAACUGGCCUGAGUACAUUGAGAAUUACUGCAUCGGCACCAAGAAGUACGUCCUGAAUGAAGACAUGUCUGACAUUCCUGCUGCCAGGCAGCAUCUGAGAAAGUAAGUCCACUCGUAAAAACUAAAAAUGCAGCAUAUUUGAGGCAGUCAGAUACCAGAUGGUGGGUUGUUUGAGCCAUAAAACAGUGUUUAAGGAGCAUGUGCUCAGUUAUAAUUGCUUCUUUUUUUUUUGACUGGUUUGACAAGUCCAUUACAAAUAAGGCAGAAUAUGAAUUUGACGUUUUGACCAAUAUUAUAAAAUGAAAAGUUUAUUGUCAUUUUAAUGAAAAUUUAGGCGUAGAAUGAGUCAACUUCCAUGUUAGCAAGCACUUUGUAUCGACAAUACUAAAAAAAAAUCAUAAUCACAAUACAACUGAACCUAUUAUUUUAUUUAGAGUAUUAAAUGUUACAGUGAUAACAAGUCAAAGUUAGCUUUUUAAGUGGUUUGAAAUCCAAACAACGGAAUGGUGUCUUCAACUAAAAUGCUUGUUUUUAAGUUGUCACACACUAGUAUUUAUCUUAAAGACUUCUGAUCAAUUUUUUGUUUUGUUGUGUGUUUUUUCUCUAGAUUAAGGAACAUCCGCUACACCUUCAAUACCGUGUUAGUCGUUUUCAUCUGGAGGGUGUUUAUCGCUCGCUCCCAGAUGGCCAGAAACAUCUGGUACUUUGUGGUCAGCCUCUGUUUCAAGUUCCUCUCCUACUUCCGCGCAUCCAGCACCUUAACCAACUGAGUCUUCCUCACGGCCUCUAACUAGAGACAGCAGCCCCCACCUUUAGCUGUCAGCAGGAAGCAACAUCUGAGACGCUGAGCAUCCACUAAAGACCCUCCAAAUCCAGCUUCUACUGUGGACGAGCAGGGCGCCUUUUAAAGGUCGGGGCUGUGGUUGAGAGAAGCACUCAGAGAAGGAAAAAAAGAGGUCUUCUAGCCAUGAAUAAUUUGUUUGGUUUGAAAAUCUGUCAUCAGUCCCGCACUGUUCAGUCAUCAAACCCCGUCCAUUAAAAAAGUGUUGUCAUUCAUUUUGUACCUACUGUUUUCUUCUCAAAGUGGCCAAUUAUAUAUGCAACUGUACGCCUUUUGAGUGACUUCCAUUCUCUUCUCCACAUCAUCGUUUCCAUCCUCUUGAAUCUCGGUACAUUGCCUUGCCUUGUGAUGAUUUUUUUUCAUACUUGAAAUGCGGCAGUGCUUCAGUGGAGGACGAUUUCUAUAGGAUUACUUUGGUUGUCUGUUUUUUACUGUGGGGAUAUCCAGCUCCUCUCUUUAAUACGCAGGUGAUUUGGGUAUCUGUAUGUACUGCAUUAUGUGUAUCUACUGCCUUUUUAAGAUUACACCCACAACCCAAGGGGUUGUUUACCGUCUCAAGGCCAAUCCACAGAUUACUGAGACUAGUAUUAAAGCUCAUUCAGACCACACAAGACACCUGCAUCACUACAUCUACCAAAACAUACUGAUCUGCCAUCUUUCCUGCUGUUGAGGUUGUCACAGAUGAUAAAAAUGUCUUUGUUUGUCUGAAUGCUCAUCCACUUUUUGCCUGUUUGUACAGCAGUUUGUACUGAAACUAAGUUUACUACUUUUACAUCUUUAUACUUGCAUCAAAGGCUAGUCUGAUACAUGUGGUAGACCUUGGCAGUGUAUUAUAUAUAAAUAAGAGUACAUCAAAGUCCAGUUUAUUUGUAUAGCCCAGUAUCCAUACUGUACAGUCUCGCCCAACAGAGGUCCAUAAUUUUAAAGACAACUAAGUUAAACAUAUGUUUUUAAAGAUAAUCUCCUGAUUUUUCUACAUGGUUGUUCAUAAUGAAGCUGCCACAGGAGGGGAAAUUAUAAAUUGAUAAUGAAAUUACUAAAUAAAUCACAUGGUAUUCUUAAAGGUCAAAUUUUUUAAAAAGUUAAUCCUAAUCCUAAAAAUCCAAAUUAAUACCUCCUGUAUCGGUGAUUUAUAAAGUUCUACAUACAAGAUUUUAAAAUCUGAGGGACCAAGCUGGUUGUGGGGAAAAAUAUGGGGAAUAAGUUGUUAAACAACCGGAAACUUCCAAGUUACAACUCUUUUCUUUAUCCAAACUAGGAUGGUAAAUGACCAACUGCCUGAAUAAUAAAAUAUUUAUGAGAGGAUAAGAUAUUUUUUCAUUUAUGUGGCAGGAAGUUGUUAAAGGUUUCUACGAAUACCUGAGUAGCUGAAGUAAAGUUCUUGAAAAGAUGAAGGCACUGUUGACUGAAGAUAUUAUUAGUUCUUGAGGCAGGCCUCUGGAUACUUAAAAGAUCUUAAGGUGUAUUAAGUAUUGCUGAGAUGGAAUGUACAUCUUUUAUUGAGGUAAAAUAAAAAUAAAAAUGGCCCCCAACAUAAAUAAAAGACAAUAGCUCAGAGGUUAGGAUUGGUCAAAAUGGUGUAAGGUUGAAACGUUUUCAGGUGUUUAAAUUAGACAAAAAAAAAUACUUGGGAUAAUCUGUAUGUAAGUGAAGCAAGAAGAAAUCACUACAAGUGAUGCAGUAUAUACUUGAGUGUCAUCUGCAUAUAAGCUGAAUGCUGCUGCUGUUAUAAUGUAAUAGCUUAACAGAGCUAUAUAAAAGCUUAAGAAUGGUAAAAAAGUAGUGGGCUUAGUAUGGAGCCUUGAGGGAUGCCAAACCUUACUAACUGAGAAAUGGACUACUAUUUUAAGUUAUCUGUGACCAGUAUGUUAGACCACAAAAAUGCAAGGUUUUAAACGAGGUACCUAUACCCUCCUGGUGAAAUAUCCUCCCAUCUGUUUGAAGAAUUUGUACAUAGCUGAACUACAUAUUAUUCUUAUAAACUACCAAAAAGUUGUAUUUGACUGUUGAUUUUUGCUUGGUGCGUGUCCUCACAGGAUUCCACCACAGAGCUUCCCACAGAGUCUACCAAAAGUGUUAAGUGUGAAAGGGUUAGUCUGAUUUUUACUAAAACAAACGAGGAAAACUGUGUACAGUAUUGUAUGUGUUGCAAGGCUUCACUCUUGACAGAAUACAAAUGCAUAACAGUUAUGAGCCUUUAUGGGAGGAAAAAGGGACAAAACUAAAUAAAUGUUUAUGCAAAGUCUAUGUCUGUGGUGUAUUCAUGGUUACUGUCCUCCACAUGUGCAACAGGGAUGAGGAAGUCCUGAGGCUUGUCAAAUAAAGAGGAGUGUUGUUUCUGUAGAGCUACAGGGAUACUGUAAAGAUGUCUUCGAGGUUUCUGUGUCUGUUUGUCAAAUUUUCAAAGCACUGUUGAUACAAGAGAACUCAGGCAUGAGCUUCUGAUGUUUUAUGUAAUAAAAAACAACAACACAUAAUGAUGGACCCCAUCUUAUACUUUCUGAUGUCAUCUGCAAACUGUUUGACCGCCUCCAUUCCCUGCUCUGACAACACUUCAUUCAAGUCUGCUUGGCAAAAGUGAAAUAAACAAGAAGACAAAAUGUGCGACUGUU